CACUUUUAUACAUGCUUUGCUGGCAAAAUUAAAAUUAAUUUACAAAAAAGAAAACGAUUUAUUUAAUACAAGACUGCAUGGGUAAACACAAAGGAAAGGAGAUGUAUACGACUGAUAAAAAGUUAGUAUUAAAAUAGUUGUUUACCUUUAAUAAUAGUAAUAACCUUUAAUACAAUUAUUUGUUUAUUUUUUUGUUACUGUUUACCAUAGGUUUUAAUACGGACAAAAAGUGAAAAAGAAUCGCCUAAAUUAUUAAUAUAUUUAUGCUCGUUUUUACCCUGCGAGCAGAGUAUACUCUGCUCGCAGGGUAGCUCGUUUUGUAUGUCUUGUUUUGAUUUUCUCUUUUUUUGUUCCCAUUUGUAGAACGGUAUCAAAUAUUUUCAUUUACUGUGAGUACUAACUGCAGACCUGGAAAAGAUCCUGGAUCCUGAGGAACAUUUGCCUUUAUUAAUAGCAACAAGAUUGACUAUUGAGGAACAUUUUGAAUUUUUCAUGCAUACUUUAAGGGGAAAUUUUAUUAUAAGGAAUCAUAUUUAGUUAUCUGCCAUUUGAGUCUAUUUUGCAGCUGCAAAGUGUUCUUCAUAUCCUGUUAUUAAAUAAUAGAAUUUGAAGAUUGUUUUGUUUCCUCAGCUGUUUUACAACCAAUGUAUAAAUUGAGGGACAUUUGAAAAAGGCAAAUUCAGGAUCCGAGGAACAUUGAACACUUUUUCCAGGUCUGAGUAACUGGUUCAACAUCGUCUGCACGCUUUACAAAAUUUAGGAUCUUUGAAGUUUAAAAUAAUGCAGGAUGCAUUACUUUUACUUUGUCCAGACUUUUACGUAUACCCAUCAUCUAGGUACAAAUCUUGGUAAACCAUUAAUCUGCAAAUGCAAGAUUCUCUUCUUGAUGAAUAAAAUUUGCUUGUAUUAUACUGAAAUUACUAACUGAAAAUGCAUUAUUUAAUGGCUAUUAAAUGUGUGUUAUCCAUCAUAGGCAGCCCAAUUUUUUUUUUCAUUUAUUUAUUUUGGGCUGCCUAUGGUUAUCAUCUGUUGUUACUUGUCUUAAUUGUCACUUGUGAUAUAAAAAUUGGGUCAGUCCUGAAAUAAAUUGGUCAUCUAUACUCCUCAUAUGGAAACCAAUUUGCAAAGUAUAAGUUCUAGCUUUCAAGCAGUACGUUGCAAAGCAUGUAAAGUGGCCCAACCCCUCUAGUUACUUUGGGUCAUCCUCCCUGCCCCCAAGGAGGAAAUUUCUGCCAUCUGGAGGGGCGUGGAUGGGAGAAAAAUGGGGGGUGGUAAGGGAUUUAUGUUUUCUGGAAUGAUGCAAUAUCCUGCCUACUGUAUGGAGGGGCCUGUACCGGUUUUGCGGGAUGCGUCUAAUAUUGAAGUGGGAUUCGGGAUUUUAAGAGAAAUAUUGGCGGGAAGCAGGAUUUUAUUCCAUCGCGGGAAGCGGGAUUAAUAAAAAUACCAUGGCGAUAUGUGGGAAGUAACCCACGAUUAGCGGGAUAAAACAACAAAACGUGUAGCCGUCGUUUGUUUGUGUGCUCGAAAUGUACUGUUUUCCAGGAUAAUAUCGAACAUUUGUCCCCAUCAAUCCCCCAUUUACUAAUUACAUGCAUGAUUGCUGUUUUCAUAAGAGUCGCGAUUCAGAAUCAUUUAUUAUUUUAAACUUUGUUGUAUUGUACUCUAGUGUAUUCAAAUUGUGUUUUAUGUCGUUACCAUAUGUUCUUUAAAUCAUAAUACGUUGAACAGUGUUAGAAACAAGUUGGGAGCAGGAAAUUGGGAUGAGGCAUGGCAGGAUAACAGGAUUUGAAGUAAAAAUCUGUCGGGAUGGCGGGAUUUCGGAACCCGGUACAGGCCACUCUGUAUGGCUCAAAACAUGUAUGUAUUAAUCUGGCAUGUUCUGUUAACCAAGCACAAUGGAUGCCAUAUCGUGUUACUAGGGAAGCAAGGAUGCAGUGAUAGACACUAAUUGGGGCUGGGGAGGGGUGCGAAGGGGCCAAUUGCCUCCCCCCCCAAUAAUUUGUGAAAUCCUUUGAACCAUGGGUAAUUGUGUAAUGUCUAAUGAAGCUAACGAAAAAUUUACAAGCAUGAAAGAUUGGUUAUUGAGACUGCAUGUAAAGUCCAGCCAGCAAAAAGGUGAUGAAUUGGAUAUAACCAUACCCAGUAUAAAUGACAUUAAAUAGAUAACUAAUGACCGAUUCCGGAAAUCUAGAUACCACAUUUUAUACAUUAUUCUGUUUUAUGCAUCACAAGGCGACUGAUAAACACUUUUUCAACAGAGACUGCUAUUGCCCUUUGAAAUGUGCAAAAAGCAGCAAAAAUUUCAGAAAAUACCUGAAAUUUAUAUUUUACGUGUCGACAUCACGACUCGAUCAUCACGACGUCUGCAAACUAGUCGAAACGUUGAAUAAAUAUUUACUGUUGUCGUCGGAGUGUCCUUUCCAGACUGUAAAGUAUUAUUUUUGCGCGGGGAACUUUUCCGUCGUAAAUGGACCUAAAUGGCAGUUGCGCAGAAAGGAAGGCAGAGCAUUUGAGAAAAUUUCGAAAAUUUGGAGUCUCUGAUCGUCUGAAAUAGCACUGAUUUUCAGAAUUUUCUCUACCUCUUUUCGCAAGGCCCGACACGUAAGAGAUGACAGUCGACUCAAUGAAGGAAAGUUUGACAAAAAUGAAGGAAAUUUGAAGGAAAUAAAAUUUUGAAUGAAAAUAGUCAAAUAUUUUGUCAAAAUAGGGUAUUUUCCCCUUUAUUUUCUGUUUAUUUUAAUUUCAUGAAACCUUUGAGUAUGCAGAUUUUGUAGGAUUUUCUCAGCUGAAAAUGCGCGGAUAGAAAUUCAGCUAAAAAAAUUCAGCUAAAAUUUCUGUGCCGCCGGGAACGUGUUUCCCGCGCAGGUCAAACUUUACAGCCUGUGUCCUUUUACGUGUUAUAUCUGCGAGCUCUCAAGGUAAACGCAGAAUAGCUUGAGAUAGCUGGGAUCCAACUGGAUCGAUUUUGUCCGUCCAUUAAUGUCGUUUACACACCCCAUAUAUGCAGCAGAGUAUUAUUUAAAGAUAUUCAGCAGGGUUCGUAAAACAAAGCACUCCACUGAAACUGCUAGCUGUGGGAUGUUGGUAUUAUACUCACGGAGAUCCAAUUCACACUGAACUUACUAUAAAGUCUCGUUUUCGUCUCGUUCUUCGAACUUACUAUAAAAUCUCGUUUUCGUCACUAGGAAAAUUCAAUAAAUGACCCACAAAGCGUAUAGAAAGAGUCAACUAUACCUCUUUACGAAAUGCCGAUUGAAAAACAUUUAGUUCUCUUACAAUUCACGACGACACGACGCACAAUGGACCUUUCCCCUUAUAACUAAAAUUUCGAUCUAGACAAAAAUUUCAUCACAGCUUGAAAGAGCACCACAAAAUUAGUAACAUUCCAAAGUUUUGUUGCAAAAUCUUGUAAAAUGCGGAUAAUAUAGCCUUGCGAAGUUUGCCGUUUUUCAGUCAUUUUGUAUUACAAACGGGGAAUUGGCAUACGAUUCGGGUGUUGGGACUGCAAUUUCCCGUUUGUAAUGCAAAAUGACUGAAAAUUGCAAACUCCGCAAGGCUCUAUUUUCCUCAUUUUACAACAUUUCGCAACGAAACUUUGGAAUAUUACUAAUUUUGUGAUGCUCUUUCAAGCUGUGAUGAAAUAUUUGUCUAGACUUGCCUAGAUCAAAAUUUUGGUUAUAAGGGGAAAGGUCUAUUAAUCUCUUUCACCAGCCCUUUCACGACGCUCAGUAAAUGUAUAUAUAUAUAUAUUGAAGUUUUAUAUAAAUGAAGUUUUUUGGGCGGCUAGUGAUAUUUAUAUAUAUAUAUAUAUAUAUAUAUAUAUAUAUAUAUAUAUAUAUAUAUAUAUAUAUAUAUAUAUAUAUAUAUAUAUAUAUAUAUAUAUAUAUAUAUAUAUAUAUAUAUAUAUAUAUAAAGCUCUAAGACUGUAUUUUUUAUAUUUCCUAUGCCAUUCUGAACUGGAAACAACUCAGGAAAUAGCAUGUAAAACCAUCACUGAUUAUAUUUCAAUCUUGGGGUUAAUUUCCGACUUGCAGUGAGACCAAACAUAUUCCCGAUGAGCAAUGCGAGAUAAAAAAUCUCUGCACUUGCAUUUCACGAAUUUUGCUGAUUUUGAAAUCGACCGUGGAGAAACCUAGCUAUAUGACCUAUAUCAAAUCGGAGCAUUUCCCAUUAUUAUAAUCUAGAAAAUUAUCACCUCCACUCUAUAUUUACAAACACGAACAUUUUCAUCGAGUUUUGAUUUGAUUUCUCGCAAAUAUUUGACCUCGGCGCCAAAAUUCUUCGCGGGAAUCUAUUUGCGCCAUCAUUGUAUGAGCCUGGCGUUUCAUUACUGAAAGCUAUCAAAGAUUGCAGCGCAAUAAGAACCGCUUGUUUUGGUUUAAUACCGAGGUAUAUGGGGUAUUUCCUGAGGGAGGUCGCUCACUCGCUCACAAUGCACGCUGCAACAAGUAUUUGGACACUUUCACGAUAAAUUGAUUUUAACUGCGGGUGUAGCAGUGCAAGCGACUGUGAAGAGCUCUUCAUGCGUCAAUCAUUAGCUCAUGUGGGAUGUUUAGAUUGAGUAGAUAUAUUUAGAGUAGACCGCGCGCUCAUGGUAUGUGAUAGGUAACAUAAUAUGUGCAAUGAUCAUAAUCAAGUUUUCAGGGCAAUCAUCCACCGCCUUUCCCCUCCCCCGACACGGCAUUAUCGUAACUGUUAAGCUGUACAUUGUUCAUGUAUUGUUCUCUCUCUUCCAGCUUUAUUGUUCGACAUCAUCUACAUCACAAUCAAGUGAGAGUUUAUAGGCGAACACGACACGCAUCGGUGCGUGUACUGAUAACAAGUUUGGGGUUAUUUUGUGCCCCUAUGUUGCCUUGUUGGUGGUAGACAUUCAACGGAUGUCAUAUGUCACUUGUAAUCUAACUGUUCGCUCGACGGCAAGCUAUUCCCAUUACGCUCCGCCGUUCCAUUUCGCAAACGCUUUGGUAAUAGUCAGACGUGAAACGCUAACGGAACAAGAUAACGUAAAUGCGAAUGAAAACAUGAACGGCGUUCAACCCAUUUUGAGCGCAUACCAUGUCUGAAGAAUUCUACAAUAGAUUAACACUGAGCGACGAAGGAAACAGAACAGUGCUUAAUAACAGCGUAGAUGGUCGCUCACAUAGACAUGGUUGUCAGUAUUCUUCUCAAGCGAACGCGUCCGAGACAACAGCCGCGAAUUCAAGACCGUAUCGAAAUGAUAAUCGAGUUGAACGAACGGAAGUAAAUCUACAUUUAAAACAUCGGACACAGAGACGGAGUACGGCGUCUGAAUCAGCGAGUUCUCGUGGGCGACAUAGAGCAAAUGAUCAAAAUAGACAUUUAGUUCGUACGGAGGAUGAUUUACGUACAUAUCGUACAAGUUCUGGUAGUAAUUAUGAAGGGGAAGAGAGGCGAACGCCGGUAUUUUCGAAUGCAAACGAGUGCGACAGUGGGACAGUUUUAGAUCGCGGCUACAUGCCAGAAAUUCCACGAGCAACUCCAGCUAGCAAUGAGCAAGCUGUAGUGGUGGGGGCAGAAAACACGAAAGCCUUAGUAGAAAGAAUGAAUUCGUAUGGCGGUUCUGAAUGGAAUGGCGCAAAUCUAGCGCCAUCUUUAACAACAUGUAGCUGUGAAGGAGGACAGUACGCGAACUAUACACAGCCGUCAAGCAAACAGGCUCAGCUAUGUCCACACGUCAAAGGUCAGCAACAAGAGAGUUUGCGAGAAGACAACAACAACGUGUCCUGUGUUUCGUUUACCGAUCGUGAUGACAAGAGAUACACUUCGAGCUCGGUGAAACAUCACAGUAGAUACAGUGACAGAUAUAUAUACCAUCCUGGGGAAUUAGAACGACAAUACAGGACCGAUGGACCGCCGUCCAAUUAUUAUUACGGUAUACAAACGGAGAACAUGAUGCGAUGGAAAAAUAGUAAUAGGGAGAAAAGCGGUCGUCAAGUACCCGGCGCUUAUGGUAAAAAUGAAAAGCACGGUCUUAGUAAAAGCUUGCCAAAGAACUCGCGUUACGCUUCUGCUUCGGACCGCAAUGUAAACAGCUCCGAUUCGGAAUCUGGACCGAGCUCAAGUGAGCGAGAAUAUUGGCCCAAUAGUUACUGCCUCGAGAAACGUAAAAAACGGGUUAAAAAGAAAGGAAAUUAUCGCACGAAGUAUUAUUUUGGAGAGAGUGAUCCUAGUGAACACUCAGACCCUGGUCAUAGAAGGUAUAAUGAUGAAUUUCCUGGCCAUAUUUGCUGUUCGUCUGCAGACUGUGAGUAUGAACAGCAGAGGUCACGCUUGUCUGUUUAUGGUCUUAACAAUCGUAGAAAUAUUUCACGGAGUCUUACUUCUGUUAGCUCGCUCGACGACGAAGCUGGCGCAUUUCGAACUGGCUUCACGUUUAACCGUAUUUCACCGCGUGGGAAAGGUAAAAAGCGUAUUUCUAAAAUAAACAUCAAAUCAUUUUCUACUGUACAACUUACUCCCUCACGAUUAACUCGUGCAACUAGCUCGACUAGUGACAUUGGGACUCAUGAUGGGGCUCAUUCGCGAUUAUACGCAUUGGAAAACAAUGGAAUAAAGACAACAGCUAGAAAGACAACCAAAGACAGUCCUUCCGUUUCAGUGACUGCAGAGUUAAGUGACAGUUCAUGUACAUCACCCUCUUUUAAGAAGAGUCCAUUUAAUUCACAUAUAAGGGGACGGAAAUCUUCAACUAGUGGAGGUGAGACUCCAUCUACUACCCCAGUACCAAGAAUAUGUAGUCCAGAAAUUGUGGAUGACAAAUUUCAAGCACCUGCAUCCAGUAGUUUUAAAACUAUUCAUGCACCUGGCUUGCAAGGUCCUGGUGUUUUUAUUGCUGAUGAAGGGGACCUGCACACUAGCACCAGUACUGAGGAGGGUGCAAGAGCUCUUAAAAAUUUAAUUGAAAAUUUAGAAAAAGAUGUGGAAUCAGAAGAUCCAGUUGAAAUAAAGAGACCCGAAUUGUUGCCUUUGCAAACAUCAACUGCUACUAAUACAGACAAUGAUUUAAAUAAUAAUACUGAGGAUACUACAAGUCCUGAAAGUAUGGUUGCCUCGCCAACAGUCAGUAACGAUUUACUUUUACCCAAUGAAGAGGACUUACCAUUAACUCCAGGUGGUGUGAACAGGGUUUCAUCAUUUUCAUUUGGAAAAGAUACACCAUAUUCUAUUCAGAAACCAUUUGUAACACUUGUUAAUAUACAAGAAGAAGAUGAAGCUGGGUAUUCAGAUAGCAGCACUGGGCAUUUACGCAGAAGACGUGAAUCUGUUACUAAGAGAAAAAUGUCGAAAGAGAAUCAAGGUGAUACAAAAGAAACUGAUGUUGUAACAUCACCUUUACGACGGCCAUCAUAUGUUAAAGCACAGAUCUCAAAUCAAAUAUCACCAAAACCAGAUGAAGAAACGGUUGUGGAGGUAAGUAGAACUAAACCCAAUGGCAAGGAACAACAUGUGUAUUGUGAUGAUGAGAAACAUGAGGAUGAAAAUGUGAAACAAGAAGAAGAGACAAACGUAGGUGAUGAUAAUGGGAAUAACAGAAGAAGAUCAAAGAAAAUGGAAAGACCUCGGAUUCCAACUAUACUAAAUCUUGACAAAGCUCUUGAUGAGUUGUUUGAUGAUGUGAAAAAUCAACAAGCUAGUGGUGAGUACCAUAGUUAUAGAGUAAUCGUUUUGUUUUGUGGAAAACAACACUUUUCACACACAGCUUUCUGCUUCUUUCGUUCAUCAGAAAAUUAUAAAUUUAUUUUGCAAAGUUUUCAAUCCAUAGGCCUGCAUGAAUCAAUCUUCAUAAUUUACACUGACAAAGUCUUACGAAUAAAAAACUUUGUGAAAUAAAUAAGAAUGAGUGUUGGUUUCAACAAAACAAGAUAUUGAUUGUUUUAUCAUAGAAGAAUUAUAUUGAUUAUCAAAUAUGCAAGGCGAAAACAUAUUUAAAAAUUUAGAUUUGAACAUCAUUUGUGCAUGUGAAACCAUCUGAUAUAUGGCCUUGUGGGUAGAUUCAAAAUCUGUACUUGGUAUAGGCAUAAUAGUUCAAGCAUAUAGGUUUAGAUAUUUUGUCCACUAAAUCUCCAGACAAAGAUACUGCUUGAAACAUCAUGUUUUCAACAUGCAAAGCAUCCUCCUAUGAAUAUUAGUUCUGCUGUAUACACUGGUAUACCAGGAAGAGAACCCCUUUUCAAACCUGAUAGCUACAUGUAUGCAUAAAAUAUUUGGUCAUAUGCAAUCUCAGACAUGUUUAGACAAUUUAAGUCUUGUUUCAAGUUUUAUUUACAUUUUCUAUGUUUACAUGGCAUGAAGUAAUGAAACAUUACACUCAAAUCUUAAAGAACAAUUCAAGUAUUCUGAUACUAGUACAGGCUUUUCAAAUUUUGCUCAGUGCAAAAUCAAUAUUUAGAAAUAUGUACCAUAAAUUUGUUUCUUGAACAAAAUUCUUAAUACAUACAUAAAUUUCAAGAUUUGGUUUCUAAUAUAGAGGGAUCCAAUUACAAUCCAUCAAGCCGAGUGCUUUUGCAUUGUCUUAUGGCAUUCUAUACUUUAUGCAUAUCAGUUACUUGUUUUCAUGAAUUAACAUGAAAUUUAACUUUUUAAGUUGCAUUGGGUGCCCCAAUGCACCUUACCUAUUACUUUACUCUGUCUAACGACAGAUUAGUAUAUGUUAUGGUUACUGUUCUACAACAAAGAGUAUAUUUUCAUGAGGUUUUCCAACUACGUACUGUACAGUAAAUUUUAUUUUUUCCGAACAGAUACAAUUAGACAUAUUUGACCCUAUGGGCAAGGGCAUCAUCUAUUUAGCCUAAUACUUGACAAUUUGUUACUGUUGUACAGAAUGCUAAACCUUAAACUAGGAUAUACUAAAAUAUCUAAGUCAAAAUUUCUAGGAAAUUAUGCAUGUUGAUGCAAUUAAUUUCUAUGAAACAUAAUUCUUACUUCAAGAUUGUUCUGCAGUAAAAAAAAUACACUACUUGUACAAAUCACAUUGACACCUGUGUUAUUCCGAUAACUAUAGUUUUAUCGAUAUUAUAGUUCUAAAUUCAGCUGUUCAGGUGGUAUCAUAUCUUAAUGACAAUUCAAGAAAUAGGCAUUAGGUAUUUUAUAAUUUUCCUUGCAAGAACAUCCCAAAAGAAUCCCAAAUGCAUUGAGAUGGAUAUUCACCCAAGACUUCGAUUUGCAAUUUACCGUAAGUAUGUAAUAAAUUAACUAAUUAGUACUGUAUAUGUAUAGACUAUAAUAUGUGUACUUAUUAGUGAUGAGUUGCAUGUCUUCUUAUAACCACAUUAGGCUGUAAUGCCAUUUGACAUGUUUUAAGCAUAUUUUUUACAUUUAUAUGUUUACCAUCAAAAGUGAUAAGAAUAGGCAUGAGUGCAUUCCUGGCUUAACUAGCCUUUGAACACCUUUAACAUUACAAAGUAAUGUUUGCAUUUCCAAGCACUACAUUCGGUUGUUCCCAAUGGCAGUGGAACUUGUGAAAAACAUGAAAUAUUUCUUCUUGUAUAUUUACAUUUAGAGCAGGACAAAUAUAUUUAAAAACUGUUUUUUUUCUUCAGUAAGAGAUGCUAAACAAGCUUGUAAUAAUCAUAAUAUAAUUCUACACCUGUUAGGAUUUGAACUUUAAAUUAUCACUUAAAUUGUAUUCAAUAAUAGUACUGUAUGUAUAAUGAAAGAAUGUGAAACAAUUCCAUCACAAAAUGAAAUGGCAUCCUACAGUACUUAUCCAGGAAUAAACAAUUUGCUGAAAGAUGUCCAUGGCCAUGAUCAUGAUUGAGAAAGUCUAAGAUUUUGAAGUGCUUGAGAAUUAAUACAGCUAGGCAUCUUAUUACAGACAGGUACAAGUGGUUCACGUCAAAUAACUGUUGUAUUCUCUCUAUACAAUGAAGAACUGAAUGUUUGGCACAUUUCAAAAUUCUUACUGUACUUUUCAUGAUGACAUACUGACGUUUUAGGCAUUUGCCAAUCACUAUAUUGUGAAAGAGGCACAUACUGUACAGUAGAACAAUACUAUGGUGCAGUUGAGAGAAUGGGGUAAGGAAAGCAAUUAAACGUCUUUGCCUUGGACAUGAUUUCUCAAAACAUAAACGUUUUGAAACUGUCAGAGAACGUGUAAAGCACUGAGUAAAAAUUAGGUCUCUGGAAAAUUUAUCUAAAGAGGCCAGGUGCUGCAUGAACUACAGUAGUACUGCUUGCCUACCAGAAAUCAAUAUAUUUUAUCAGGGCCUGCUUACAGGCUAAUCAGAGUUUGGUAAUGACAUUGCAAAGCACAUGUAUUGCUAUGGGACCCCUUGACUGAAUACAUCUCUGUUGUUGUGUGUAACAUGUCAGGUGUAAUAAUACUAUUUGUGUGCAUGUUUUCUUGCAAAAACAUGUGAAAUAGAUUAAAUAUAAAAUGAACUGCAAAGUGAAAAAAAGGGGGGAAAUUAAAAUCUAUAUGUAACCAUAUUUAUCUUAAUGUGCUACGUAGCUAACUCGUCAGUCACUCCAUAUGAAAGUACAUAUUUUGCAUAUUUCCUCUUGUCAUACGUGACGACAUAUGUAAGGAAGUUUCUAGAAGUGUAUUAAUCUUACAACAUGUCGCCACCAGUAAACCAAAAGUUGUGUUUUCACACCUGUUUGUUGUUUCAACAUCAAAACGCGAAUGCGUACAGUGUGUACCCACCAAUGUUUAUAUACAGUAACAUUAGGAUCAUGGAUUAUCUGGGUGUUUUAAGCAUAUCUUAUUUUCUAGAUUUACUCUUAUACGUUCAUUUUAAUAUGAAAUAAUACGUAAGUCAAUUGAAUAACCUUGCUAACGUCUUGCUUUUGAAUGUGAGCCAAAUUCCAAAAUUUAGAAAUCGGAUUGUCUGAGACCAAGAUUGUCUAAGGACUUUACAGAUGAACUCGUGCCGCUGGAGAGCUUAUCAUCGUCACACUGCCCAUUGACAUUGUCUAGUUAUGUUAAUAUGUUUGUAUGUCUAAUUUACAGAUGGUCAUAGCAAUUUCCUGGUACCAGUUCAAAUAGAGUGUAUUAAUGUUAGUUAUGUAACAAUACUUAUUGUCAAUACUAUAUUCAGCAGAGACUAUAUCUUAUACCAAACCAGACAAUAUGCAGUGAAAUCGUAACAGAUAUACAGCAAAUACAUAUCGUAUAGAUACAACAAACAUGCCAACAACUGUGAAAUGCUGUAUACCAAAUGUUGAAUAUUUAAAUAAAGAUUUUUAUUAAGCCGGUUUUUUCCACUUGCGAAUUUCUUCGCACGAACGUCAUUUAUAAUUAUAUAGCUGUAACAGCUGAGAUAAAAAUAAUUUAUUACAUCCGUAAUUUGUACCAGCUGAGAGUUUUGUAAGACAAAAUACGUAGUAUAGUCGGUUUGUGCUUCAAAAUUCGAAUAAGUCAAUGCUCGAACACGUCUUCCAUAUAAUUAUAUGAUCGUGCAGCAAGCGGUUAUGCAUGAUUUGUGCUUGUAUGUUAGAUAUCAACCUAUUUAUCAACACUUCUUUUAUGUACAAUAUCAGAUUAGAACUUCCUGUGUUUCAUAACACCUUCCAGUGUAUAAUUAACACCUUGUAAUAAUUGUUACGGAGCUCUGUCCUACAAACAACGGGGCAAUUAAGGUAAAGUAAUACGAGAAAAAAAUUGCAAGCAACUUACAAUAAAAUCUUAUUUCAACACAUGUUAAUUGAAAUGUUCACAUACAAGUUGCAACACCCGAGACAACAUUAGUACAAAUUUCCAAUUAACAUGCGUUGAAAUCAGAUUUUAUUGCAAGUUGCUGCAAUUUUGUUGCUCGUAUUACUUUACUUUUAGUGCUUAAUGGCAUACAAUUUCCAAUUUUACAAGACUUACAACGUUACUUUAAAGACAUUUGUAUAAGGAACCGUGGGCAGUGAUACACAACCUGAAAAAAACAUAGCCUGAAAGAACAUUAUAAACAGUUUGAUGUUCGAGCGAAGUCCAUUUAGACCAGGAGAGUGUGUCUGGGUGUUGGUAACGUAUAUAUGUACUCACUCUCCUGGUAACCAACUCUUCUGAUGAAGGGCAUUCGCUCGCAAUGUAUGUUAUGUUGUAGGCAAGGGGUAUCAAUAUCCACGGUAUCUUAUAUGUGCACUUCGAUCAUAUAUACUAUAACAUGUUAAUUUGCGCAAUAUAAAUAUUAAAUAUUAUUACAUUGGGCGAGGCUGAACCCCCAAGUUUAAAGGUUCUUUAAAUCAAUUGCAUAGAUAGUCGAGGAUAUAUAGAUCUAGUGAGAAUAGGCUGAGGAAGCCCAGAAUAUUCCCUCGAGAAAAUCUGUGCACGUUAUUUUGGAGAUUGCAAUUUUGUGCUCGAAAUUUUGCACUCUUUAGUAAGUUACUGUACGUGCAUGUUUCUGGUUUGGGUGCCUUGGCAUAUUUUUAUCAGUUGCACAAAAAUCUGGAAUUGACCAUUCAGAGAACGUAUAUAGACAUCCUACUGAUGCAUGGGGUUUCGACAAAAACGAUGCUGUACUAUAGUGUACUGCAGUGUAUCUUAAACUUCAUCUUCCGUGACUAUAUACGUUUGUUUUGUCAUGGCGUACAGUUAUCCAAAAUUUAUUCGUCCAUUUCUUUCAAAUGUACAUGUACUGUAUGUCAUUUUAUAGGAAAUUUAUUAAGUUAUUUUCAUGUAAUUUUUAGGACACGUGGAAGCUAAGAUAAAAGUUUCGAGACAGGAAAGUGCUCCACAACUAACUAAUAUUGCAUCUGAUGUGAACCGGGAACAACGCAAGCGCAGUAACUCUAUAGAUGACCCAAGUACUGCAGUUAAACUGAUUGCUUCUGAAGCAGACUCGACGUACAUGCAGCGGGCAGAUGGUAAAGUAGAACGAAGACAUGAAAAGAAUGAACAAAGUGACAUCGAUAAAUCUUUAGAACUUCUUGAUGAACUUGUUGUUGAAUUGAGUGAGAAACCUGGUAGUCAAGAACGACCUGCGUUAUCACGUAAUGUUGAUGGUAAGAGUGCGGGUUCUGCUAGUGAUGUAGUCAUGUCACCAAGUCCCAGUCAAACUAGUAUUAACAGUGAGAAAUCAACCUCGGGAAGUGAACACAUCGAUAAAGAUGUUGGUGUAUCGCCUCUGUCUGAAAUGUAUCCCAGUCGAUAUCACAGUGACCCUACACCACGAGUAAAAGAAGACUACACUACUAUUCAAGAAACUAUUACAGAGUAUGACAUCAAACCCAGGAACAGUAACAGUGAACCUGCAAUCAAUGGUAAGCUUUUGGAACAAGCUGCUGAUCUUGCUAAGGCUAAGGCUGCUGAACGUGAAGAGAACGCUGAACAUAAAAAAAGUAUUGAACAUGCGACAUCAAGCCCCGCAGAUUUGGCUGGUAAUGCACAGCCACAACAAAAGUUACGGCGAAGAGAAAGUGAGAAAGCUCGGAGGAGACAAGCCGCGAAGGUUGCUGCUCAGAUUGAGGCAAAUGCCAAAAACACAAAACAUGGUGAUGGUGAUGCAGACGGAGACUCUGGUGGAAAGACUGGAAAUGUUGAAGAGCCAAUCACAGAACAUCGUACAUGGCCGAGGUCAAAAACAGAGCCUGAAAGUGCGGAAGCGCCAACUGGAAAGAAAAAGAAAGCUACAAAAAGUGUAAGUGGAUGUUUUGCUCUUAUGUAUUCCUGUAUAUGGAAACUGGGGACAUGCAAAGGUUUGGCUUUAAGGGUAUACAAUAAUGCUGGGUAAAUUUAAAGCUGUUUUGUAAUUAUAUAGAAACAUUUACCAUGCAGCGAGUUUAGUUUUUAACCAAGGUUUGUUUCCCUGUUUACAUGCAUGUCAAUUUAUCCGUAAUAACAGUAUUGUCAUAAAAAUGUUGUUGUCAUGAAAGUUGACAAACAAUUUCAAUAAUACUGUACACAGUUCAAUGGACAGUUGUCGUUCUAUAAACCUUACAAGUACUAAACUUGUUGGUGCAACGUUCUUGUAUUUGUAAUCUGUCAUUAUUUUUUUAUUUAGGAAAUGAGAUGGCAUGUUGUUCAAAACUUGAUAGAGACUGAACAAUCUUACGUCCAAAGUCUUCAGUACCUUGUCAAGGUAGGACUGCGCUGCACUGCACUGCACUGCACUGCACUGCACUGCACUGCACUGCACUGCACUGCACUGCACUGCACUGCACUGUACUGUACUGCACUGUACCUGUACUGUACCUGUACUGUACUGUACUGCAGUACUGUACUGUACUGACUGCAGUACUGUACUGUACUGUACUGUACUGUACUGUACUGUACUAUACUCAUGUUACUGUACUGUGCUAUAUUGUACUCUUUUCUACCCUACCUACCCUACCCUACCCUACUCUACCAAACUAUACCAUUAUCAUGUCAUGCCAUGCCAUGCCGUACUAUAUUAUAUUAUACCGUAAGUUUGAAAUAGUACAGCAAACCUUUGGUUUUAUUCAAAUCUUCGCUGCUCCUAAUUUUAUGACUCAAAUUAGCUAGAGUCUUUGAUGCGUUUCUCAGAACCUCAAUAUGAUUAAGUCAAUUAUCAUUGACUAAUGUUGAUGGAUUAGCUAAAAUGAUUGAUUUAAUUGUCAUUGAUCACUGCCUGACAGCUACUUUAAAACCGGUUAUUUAGGAAAAGUGCUAUUGUCUAUUCCCACAAUAUAUAAUAAGACCAUUUAUCAUGCACAUUUCUAUUUGUUGCUAUCAUUCUAUCAAAGCCUUGUCAAACUUGUCAAAAUAUUUCGAGGACUUACAUUAUAUAUAAUACCCUGAUUACAUCGUAUCUGUGGAGUACUUGCUUUCAGGAUAAGACAUAAUCACGGUCUUGUCAUACUAUAAUUGGUAUUAUAUAUAAAAUAAUGACUGCAUUUUAUUUGCCUGCAGGAAAGGUCGGCAUGUACAUAUAUAGAACUAUGGCCGAUGCAUGCAGUAACAUAGAGUGUGCUGAUCAUAAUAGAAUUCAUGUUAUGGUUCUUUGUUCUCGACUGUGCCGGUGAAUGGGAGCCAUCAAACUAUAUAAUGUAUAUUCUGACUGUGUAUCGGCCGCCUUUAUAGAUAGCAUGCAAUAGACAUAUACCCAGGCAAUUUUCAAGUAGGGGGCGUCUGGGCAGGAAAGAGUUAUCAUUAAUCAAUUUACAUCAAUGUAUAUUUAAUGUUGUCGUUUUUCUGUGGCUAUUGUCUUGACCUUGUGAUUGGUAUAGUAAUUUAGCCACAAUUUCUAGGCAAUUAUAUCAUGUUUGGGGUAAUCCACUAAGAACUGGUAUGACCGUGUUGGCACGAAGGCAUAUAGCAUAGUGAAUUGUACUGCAGGUUUCAGUCAUGUUAGGGCAUAAAACCUUAUAAGUCUUCACCUGACCCUGCAGGUCGUUUUGCCUACUAAGGUCAUUCUCAAUGGUUUAUUCAAAUGUUCUUUUCAAACGCUAUUAUCCUCGAAUUUCAAAUAUACUGAGAUACAUACAAUAGAACAGUGACAACAUGACGCAACUCUAUAAUUAAUUCAUGCACAGAAAAGACAUUUAAAUUUGUUCCCAAUACUUAAAAACAAAGCCAAAGGUUAGGAUUGCAUCCAAAUUAUGAACAUAUUUGCUAAAUUUGUUUAUAUGAAAACGAUAUUUAAGACUACAGUACAGCUAAGACUUCGCGUUCAUACGAUUCUUCAGAUUUGCAUGGGCAAAUGCCAAAGAGAAAUUAUAUGCUAAAGAGUAAAGUCAGUAAAUUAACUUAUUGUUUUGAAACAAGAAAGAAGAUAUGGAGCGAUCGUUAAACGAAAAUUAUGCCAAGAUAAUUCCGAGGAAAAUUCAAUUCUGCUAUUUCCCGCUAAACCCUUAAGCGUGACGCUUAAGGUCGAAUAAAAAUGGAGCUGAUAUACACACGUUAAGUCAGAAUGAGAAAUGCAGUUGCUCUUGAACUGAUGCAUGUUUUUCUGGUAGAAAACAAAACAUUAAAGUACGGUGUCCGACCACCUUCAAGUUACUGUAUUAAUAAUACCAGACGUGUUGUCUAUUGAUGGUGUGGAUGAAUAUAUUGACUUGUAGUACAGUCUGUAUAUGCAUGCAUGCCCAUGCAUGAGGUGACGUGUGACAGUUUGAGAGAAAAUUAUAUAACUAUCGCAAACUGCUCUCAGCAAUAAUAUUAUAGAAGUAAAAUAGCCAAGUAAGCCGUAAUUAACAUACUUGAUGGGGGAUAAUUUUAGUUGUACUGACUCAACUUUACUGUUUUGGUUUAAUCUUGAAAUUCUCAACCUUCAUAUAAUACUUGGAUAAAUUUCUUUUCGUGACUAGUAAUGUUUAUGCGGAUGUUUUUACUUGUCGAGUACACCGUAUUAUACUCCUUGUGACAUAACGUUAUAAAUACAUUAAACCAACAUUGCCUCACAAUAGCGAUGCUCAAUAAAUUGGCAAGGUCAAGGUUGCUAGCUGUGCCGCAAUAUACAGUCUUAAAAUAUUCUUCUCAGCAAGGUCGAUUCACUUUCGAAUACUUCUAAAACAGUUUCCCAAGCGGAUUGUUUUCUGUGUGCAUUUCCGUGGUUUAUAAAAUGUUUUGUAAUUCUCCACAUUCGUUGACAGGCUGUAACUAAACGCACGCUGAUUUAUACAUUGCUAAAUAUCGCUGUUGAUGUCUUUGAGACAAAGAACAUGGUCUAAAACCUGGACUACACUGUCACUGUAUACACAUGAUAGAUAAAAACUUUAUUAUAUACGAGUUCAGUUUCUAUUGACAUUGUUCUGUAACCUUCAAGUCAUUAAAUCGCCUUGCUUUAUUAUAGUAGCCAAAUAGCAACAAUUGAAAACUUGAAAUUCUGCCUUUUUACGGAUCUUAAUUCGCUCACAUCCGACUGGUAGUUUAGCCUUAGGUCGCUCUAACCCAACAUCGUGCGUAGCCGUAGGUCAAUUUAUGGCAGGUGUGAGUUUGGUAUUGUGUUCUAGGCUAAGUAAGUUGGUUUCUAAUUUCUGUAUUAAUUUAUGAGUCCAGUCCAUAAUCUGUAUCACGCGGUGACGAACGGAAAACACUUGGUGCUUCAUUGUUUUCAGAUAAAAACUUUAGGCCCAUACAGAUUAUUAUUCAUCAAAAGAUUAACGCAGUCUGUUGUACGGAAAUCGAGGAUAAAUUUUCGUUCACAUUGAGUUUUAAGCCGGAAUUACUAAAUGUGCUCGGAAACAGGCCUUAGUGUUAAGUUAUUAACAAGCGAUAAACAGGGAGAGAUUGCGUCAUUCUUUUCAUCCUAGGCAACUGUUCCAGCUAUAGAUAUUACACUGCUUUUUACACAACCACUAUUAAAAGCAUGACCAAAAAUGUGUGGUAAUUGUAUUUGUUAAUCAACGACAUGAGCACUUAAAAUAAUAUGCCGGCUUGGUUAUAUGUACCUCAUAGAUCGUGCCUUGAUGCUACUAAAUAACUCCCUUUCACCGCUUCCACUCCUCAUGUUUAUUAUUAUUAUUAAUGAUUUGCCACAAAAAAUUACAAGAAAGGAGAAAAAAAUUACAUAAAGUAGAAAUAAAGUAAGGUGGCGGGGAAGCUCAAUUAGAAACCAUAAGGCUUAUAAUUGCAUUGGACUCCUCGUGAUAUUGAAAAGCACAUUAAUUAAUUAGGAAUGGGUACAGACUCGAAAGUAGGAUAAAGAAAAAAAUUACACAGAGAAAAGUCUAUAUAAAGUAUAUCACACUACACACUACACACUACAAGAAAACAAAUACAUUUUAAUUUAGAUAUAAAUAAGGAGACAGAUGCAGGCAUUACGAAUAUCAGGGCUAAGCCUGAUAUUGUUGGUAAAAUUAUUAAUGACCGCUGGUUUGAAAGUAAAAAGUAGUAUCUGGGUAAUCUAUUGAUACUAAGGCAGUCAUGUUUAUGGUACUCUGGUGAACAAAAAGAAUUACCCAUGGCCAUGCAACGUUUAUUUUCAAGCUCAAAUCUUUAACAUAAGGAAAAGCUUGAUAACUAAAUAUUCCCGACCGUAGCAAAAAUAGAGCUUUCUGAUUGGCUGAUUACAAGAUCUUUUCCUAUUUUCGCGCUAAAAUAUAGUAGUGAAGAAACUACCCAAAAAGUUACAAAAACCACCCUACGGGAGUCUGGGUCUAGCAUCAAUUUAUGACGUCAGGCAAGUAAGUUACAAUCUCGUUCCCCGAGCCUGCGAUCCUCGGGAAGGAACGCGAGGCUCUGGGAUAAUCCGUUUCAGGGAGGAAUCUGAUUGGCCGUUGAAAUGCAAUGCGUAGUUCAAUCCUAGCCAGAAUUCUUGGCUUCCGGCAACGGAUUAUCCCAGAGCCUCGCGUUCUUUCCCGAGGAUCGCAGGCUCGGGGAACGAGAUUGAGUAAGUUACUGAAUAUUUCAGUGAUAUUCAAAUAUUUUAUUGCGGUAUUUUUUUAUAUAUUUCUUUAUAAUGACCACUAAUAAAUCCAAUUGAUCCGAAUUUUAUCCUGAGAUAUAUAACGUAAAACAAUAUUUAAAUAUGCAUAUUUGCAUAUCAGGGGAUAGGCUGCCCAAUUUUCUCCAGCCCGCAUUUUCGCGCGCUCUUUUAUAACUCCCAAAUAAAAAACCCUGCUCUGAGAAGCAGACUUGUGUCGCUUUCAAACUGCAGUGUACGGAUGAAAUAUAAUAGGUCUGCGAUUCAUAGUCUGAAGCGCUAUCUAUCAUCAGCCAUGCGCAAAGUGAAACUAUAAGGGAUGUCAUUGCCGAUUAUGGAUAAAAAUGAAAGCGUGCGGAAGCAUUUUAUUGGAUACGUUGCAAAAUAUACAGACCGCAUACAAAUUACGUCAUAAAAUGCAACACACACACAAGUACCAUGCGAUCUUUUCGUAAAAAAUACCAGCGGAAUAAAUUAAAUUAAUAGUAAAACAUGGGAACUUUUACUGUACCAAUAAGGCAGGAAGUAUUUGCUUGGCUGUACCCAAAGGUUACAACCCAGUAACCUUGGUUGUAACCUAGUACAACCCAGUAACCUUGGUUGUAACCUAGUAUAACCCAGUAACCUUGGUUGUAACCUAGUACAACCCAGUAACCUUGGUUGUAACCUAGUAUAACCCAGUAACCUAGUAUAACCCAGUAACCUUGGUUGUAACCUAGUAUAACCCAGUAACCUUGGUUGUAACCUAGUAUAACCCAGUAACCUUGGUUGUAACCUAGUAUAACCCAGUAACCUUGGUUGUAACCUAGUACAACCCAGUAACCUUGGUUGUAACCUAGUAUAACCCAGUAACCUUGGUUGUAACCUAGUACAACCCAGUAACCUUGGUUGUAACCUAGUAUAACCCAGUAACCUUGGUUGUAACCUAGUAUAACCCAGUAACCUUGGUUGUAACCUAGUAUAACCCAGUAACCUUGGUUGUAAUAACCUAGUAUAACCCAGUAACUAUGAGCCAUGUGAUGCCUGCGGAGACCAGUGCAUGUUAUGUAUUGGCGGUUCUGGCAAUCACUUUUAUCUGUGAAAACAAUUAACAGGUGUCCCAAAAUGUUAUAAAAUCACAGAUCGUGAACUUUGACUUCUCCAAUGUCAUUUUUCGUGUACGGCAGUUUACAUCAUGAUUCAUGUUCUUUUUAGUAGCGACUUUACACGUUCACAUUGUUUCUGGUUUGUUUCGAGAUAUGCUACAGGACUACAGGAGUUUCGAAAUCUUCACAACAUUUAUGUUUGACAGCGCAGAAUUCAUGUCAUGAUAUUAUGUUUCUAAGUAAGCUGACUUUGAAGCGCACAUGCAAUCACAAUAACGUUAGAUCAAAAACAGAUGUGACCAAUUUGAAGGCCACUUUUCAUUGCUAUUGUUGUUUUUCUUCACAAGCUAUCAUUUCAAACUGGGGGAAAUAAUUUUUACGGAUUGUUCGGUAUGAAUUGACGUCAACUCAACCAAACCCUGCAAUUUGCUUUAUAAGACGUCAUUCUCGGUAGUUAUUUUCCGUGCUUCAUCCGUUGCCAGUAACAGAUGUCAACAAAGAUUUCAUUAGAAUUAAACCUCAAAUAUUUCUGGUCCGAAAAUAGAACAUAUUACUAAAUAUAGAUGCAGGCAUUGGCCUUUCAUUCCACGCGCUUAUAAUGCACGCGACUGAGCUUGCUAGAACAGCCAGCCAUGCUGUCGGGCAUGUCCUACUAAAUAUGUUUGUAAACUGGUAGCGCUUAUACAAUGAAAAGUUUGUACAUUUGACUUUGUACAGAACCUGUCUUCGCAGAGAAACCAUUGUGUGAAAACCGACUAUAUGUCUAUAUCACCGCCAAUGUUUCGGCAUCACUAUCAGUGCAUAUUCAGUGACACUCGAUUAAUAUGUUCUAUAAAGUACAUGUUCUAUGUUCAGUGACAUUCGAUUAAUGUAUUUGAAAGCGAACAUUUAGCCACGCAUGCAUGUCCUUGCAUGGGAACAUAUGUAAUGCAUAUGUAUACAUGUACAUAUUUUCCAUGAGUUCAACUCGCGAUGGUCCAACUGCAAAUGUCUAGGAACUUUUCCACAAUUUUCUACUCUAAUAUACGGAAGUACCAUGCCAAAAAUGAAAAAAAUCGUCGUUAAAGUAGAUAAAGACUUAUUAUUCACAGUAGAAAGAUAAUCGACCACAGGCCUAGAUGCAUGGGUAUGCAAAGUCUCCUACAUUUACCCAAGAUUAAGUACUCAGCCAGACAGAUGCGGCCUGGAAUUUUAGAUUAUACUGAUAUAUUCAGUCAGUAUUAUCAAGUAUAAUUGCCAUUCUGGAAACCCCCUGGCUAAGGCCUGAAUAUUAACUUGUUUCAGAAAAGGUGAUUUAGUAUGCACUUGCCAAAGGCAAAGAAAGUAUUUAAUUCCCAGCAUAUAUUCAGACGUGAUAUACUGAUGUUAAUUUGAUGAAAGCCAUCAUGUGGACAAUAUAAUAAUGAUUGUUACCAAUGCUCCCUUGGAGUGCAUUUUGUUCACUGUGUCACUAACAACGGGGUCAUCAUUCAUUUGUUUGUAUAAAUGACCUUAAAGAAACCCUCAUGGAUUUGCACACAGGAGUAUAUUUUGUUUAUCCGUCUAAUAAUUUGGACUUUUUCGUUAUAUAUCACAAUCCAAUUUGUUCCUGGCUACCAUAUAUACAGAGCAAUGUACAGUGCAUGCAUCUAUAAUAUUGUUUAGUAUAAUAACAUCCCUAAAUGGUUAAUGCGAUUUCAGUUCUACGUGGAUCUGCUUACAGCAUUUCGAAUUUAAAUCAUAACUAGAAAGGGCUGAAAAGUGUCCAGGUUAAAGUGCAGUAAAUAGUAUCGAAACAAGAAUCUUGGAACAAAAUUUACAAAAAUUUUAUUUACUGUUUUUAUGAAAUACAUGGUAAUAUAACUGAUGAUGAGCAUAAAAAACAAGAUAAUACUAAUUAAUGACCAUUUCAUCAUGAUCUCAAAUGAAAUUUCGCAUAUAGACGUACAUUUUACUAACUGCAAAAUAUUCAAGCCGCAAGUUAUAACCCAGAAAAAGGGCAGUCCCGCUAUACCUAUGAUCAAUAAUUUGAUGAUCAAUAAUUUGAUCAUUUGGUAAGAACGAGUCUACUGCAAGCUUUAAGUCAUACAUGUAUGCAUGAGGCAGAUAUUGUUUAAUUUACUAUUUGAAUAGGAUCGUUCAUAGCCGGUUGGCCAAAAUUCUGUUCAUUUUUCGCCGUGUGAGACAUGUUGUUUGUUUUGAGUUUGGAAUUCGUUUUACGACAUUGGAGUUUCAUGUCAACACAUUCUUUAGAUUUUUCGCCUAUUUUGAUCAUUUUAGCAUUAUCGUCACAUUUUAUGCGUGAUUUUGUUCCAAUGAACUUGUAAACAGCGAAACAGGAACUGUUGGCUUAAUUCCUUCAAUAAUAAUACGUACAUUCUAAUGAAGGGGAGGGGGUUGAAAUCCCAUUGAGAAGGAAUAUGACGAUUCAUAGUUCUUGGUAUUUUCUCAAAGUCCGUUUUCUGGGAGAUUGUUUGUUUGGUACUAGGCGCGAAAUUCCUGGGCUGUUGGUUUUGCGCGACUUCAGCGAGAAUAGCUAGCAUGGCCCAGGGGACAAGGAUGAAACUGACAAGAAUAAAAAGGCCCUCAAACACAUUACAAUCUUUCUGGGGAGUUCGAAGAUACAACAGUUACCUAAACUGACGUAUAUCUUCUACUCAUUUCGUACUUUGACCACCCUCGACAUACCCAAUGGAAUGAAGAAUCUGGGUAUUCUGUUAAAAUAACACAUUGAACCAUCUUAAUUAUGUGGUUAUUUUAUUAUAAAAGCACGCUCGACGUGUCUUUUCCUUUCACUUUUCUAACAGGCCUCGGGACGAAAGUCCUAUGUCGACACAUGAUAGCAUUCCAUCUUGCAUGCAAGCAUACAUUACCCACACGGAAGUUUUCAUUGAAGAGUUUAAGCUCUACAUUUGACGGCAACGCGAAACAUCAGGAUCAGAUUUUAUUUGCAGAAUUCCCCUUUUUCGCCUCAGUCAUUUUGUUUCAUAUUGAUUUUCAAUAACUAUUUUAAACUCUGACUCUGUUAUUCGUUUAUUUUCCUAUCACAUACGGUACACUUCUUCACAGUAACAUCACAGACCUAUUUCACGUAACGUAAUAUUAUGUAUUUUCUGUUCUGUAUUUUAUUGGAAGGAUGUUAAUGCAUGUAUGGUAUUACUACUACUGCAUGCAAUAUUGUCACUGAAGAUGUUGAUAGUAACUUGAGAUUAUAUCAAACAUUUACAAUAUUUCUUUUUAUUCACAGGAGUACCUGAAUCCUCUACGGAAGAGCGAAAGUAUUGUGGAACCAGCUUUGGUGAACGAAAUGUUUUAUCAGAUUCCAGAAAUUUUAAAGUACCAUGAAGGUUUUCUUAAGCAAUUGGCAGUUCGUGUUCAAGACUGGAGUGAUAAUUCUAAACUUGGCGACAUCUUUGUAUCUUCUGUAAGUAAUCUUGUUUGUUUUAGCCAACUAAAUUCUGCAUCAACUAUUCUUUUGCGAUCGCGUGAGCCCUUUGGUGACCCUUCAAUUUGCUGACGUAGGGAAAUCAGUAGAGUCAGGACGCAGCUGCUCAGGAGACCUCCUUUAAUUGAACUGAGGUUUUCCAUACAACCAAGCAAUGUCGCUGUUCUGGACACAAAAGUAAUUGUUAAAUGGAGCCGAUGAAAGUCACUGUUCCGAAAAGCUGCGUUUUUUCUGAAUCAGUCACAAAGCUAUCAUCCAGAUGCUGAUGCCCUUUUCUUUUGGUAAUAACCUUUUCCCUUAUUUUCCUCGAUUCGCCUCUCUUCGCACUUAUGCGAUGCCCCUCGUUACCAUUGCCGUCCACUGUGCUCUAUUCUUGACGUAAAUUAAUAAACUUUUAUAAUGAUAUAGUUGACCUCCGUUCAGCGUGCACCAUCAGACAGAUAUAGUUCACCAUAGGGAAGGAUCCAUGAAGAACAGGACGUAAAGUCUCAUCAUACAUCCAAUCGUAUUCAGCCCAUAUAUGUAAUAGAGUUUGGGGCGAUCGAUAACUAGAGCGGAGGGAAGCAAGAUAAUGACUAAAUUAGGGGCUUAAUGCAUGAGCUUGACACUGGCCAGCAAAUGGUGGUCAUUGCCUUAUUAGACUACAUGUCUCAACAUUAUUUUCUCAUCGCAAUCUGGCUAUACUCCAUAGUCCAUGUGUUUACCACUUCAAAGUCAGAGAAUUAAUAAAAUAGUGGUGCAAUGGGUGUGGUUUGGUAUAUGUCAAACAUUUCCUGUGAUAAUUCUGAUGGGCGGAUCCGAGGUUAUGCGCUUUUCCCGGAGGUUGACCUUUGCGCCACCACUGGGCUUGGGGGCGCAAUUAGUAAGGUUCAGUUUUGACGUCCACUACCGCUACCGUUAAGGGACAAUUAGCCAAUCAGAUGCGUUUGAUAUAUCCGAUCAACCAAUCAGAUGUUUACUACGCCUGUGAGAGGUAGUGGAAGUCAAAUCUGAACCUCUCUAUCAUCAGAGCAAGCGCCUCUGAGAUCGUGGGUUCGAUUCGUUGCAGUCUAUGACACUUUAUGUGAAAAGAGUUAGUUAACGCUGCUUUGAAUGUCGUGGAUUUUCUCCGGGUGCUCCGGUUUCCCCACACAGGGAAUGUUGAAAGGUUGAGUUAACGAAUCCCCAAAACAACUUACACUCGUAUCGUAACUAUGCUCUGCGAUCAGAUGUGGGUCGUAUAGCUCAGUUUGAGCUGCGUCCUCCGCGAUAUGAUUAGCUCCAUAGGAGAAAAUAAUACUGGAUCCUGGCAUGUAGGAUCACAGAAACCUUUCAGACUUGGCUUAACUGGCAAAAUAUUUUAGGGCAAUUGCAUAAUGCUAACGGGCGCAGAAAGUCAUUUAUUAGGAAGAAUAUUAGUGAGGUCGGCAGAAAACGUUGACCCCAAAACGUAGGAUUCCAGAAAUCUAGCUAUGAGUAGCACAUCCGCACUAUCCACCGUGCAGCUGCUAUCAACAGUUCCAGGAAUCGUUAACAUGAGUCUAAAAUGUGUUCCAGCACUUGAUUCGAUCGACAGUCAGAACAGCAUGAAAGCUCUCUCCUCCACAGAGGCUUCCUGGCUCUAUAUGGUAAUGACCUCUAACGCCUUUUCAUCUUGCACACUUGCAAGCACAGAAAGCCUAUGCAGAGGAGAAAGGCGAGAAAUGGUCUGUUUUUGAUUACGCUGCAUUUUACACAAAUUGUUUUCCACAGACACGAUGGUGGCUAUCUGCAUGAUGAUCAGGUAACAGCAAGGUAAUUGCUGUUAUUUCCAGCUCCUCCUCAAUCUCAUACCCAGAGUAUGCCCGUUCGCAGGUUAGGUCCUGGGCAUGCCGAGCAUGCGGGUACGAGAUUGGCUCCUCUUUCUAACUGAAUGACUAAAGUUUAUAUUCGUUAUUCAGAAAUUGUCUUGCUCUCAGUCAAUCAACUGAAACAUCCUGUUACUAUUGAUGGCAUGCAGUUGCGCUGACGAUAUUAUUGUAAAUCAUACAAUAGUACGUGAUUUUUUUAAGUCACAACCUAUUCCAAGGCCUGCUCAAUUUCACGCUCCAAUUACGUGUUUCUCACUGAUUGUAAAAUUCAGGAUUCCGAUCAUGCGUACAUGUGAAAAGGGAUAUUUUUGCCUCAAAUAUAUAUACUUAAAUUUCUCUUAUUAUUUAGUUCACCAAGUGCCUACUGGUGGAUGCGUACAGUCAAUUUAUCAACAACUUUCUACGUGCUAGAACAGCCGUUAGUGCAGCAGCUUUGGCCAAACCUGGAUUUCUAAAGUAUUGCGAGGUACAUGCGUGUCAACGCAAUUAUUAGAGAGGUUAAGAUACACCGGUUCCGGUUUACGGGUACGAGUAUCGCCAUUUUGUUUACCAAGUUUUGCUGAUGUCAGCAUUUUUACCCGUAACUUCUACCCGUUUCCCCGCGGUAAACCAUGGCCUACACGUAAACGACAAACGGGUACGGGUGUUGUCUGUUUAUUAUUUAUGGCCGUUUAAAUAGCAAAAACUUCAACAUCUUACCCAAAUAAAUAAUAAAUUAAUGCACAUAAACAAUCUAUGGUAAACCUUAACUGCGAAAGUUACCAUUCUCUGAUCGGUUUUCUCACGGCGGAGUAUCUUGGAUUUCUUAAGUUACAAAUCGUUCCCCGAUUUACGGGUACGGGUACGUGUAUAUCACCUCUCUAUUGUAAGGUUAAAUCACGGUUUAAAUUACGUAUUUAAAUUCGCGCGGUAAUAAUUUUCGCUCAGCGCGAUUUCAUUUUCGCGCACUCUAAAUUGCAAUAUUUUCGUGCAGUUCUACUUUUCCGCACUUUGAAACGAUAAAAACUAUACUAAAAUUUCCAGGCCACCUGAACCGAAAAAUCCCAAGAGAAAGAUAAGCAGGACAGUUUCUUUAUGUGAAUGUAACAAGACUAACAACGAUCUGAUAGCUGAAACGUUAUAUAGAAUAAUUUCUAAUUUGCUUGUCUAAGACUCUAAUAUUUCUUGUAACCGUGGCAAACCUUUACCACUCGUGUUACAUCACUCAUGUAACAUCACUUUGCGCAUGUUUCAGCAUGCAGGAAACCUUUUCGCGCGGAUUAUUUUUCGCUCAGUUUGAAUUUCGCGCACAUGCUGUACACGGUCUAUGCGAAUUUAAAUACUAUACGUAAGGAAAUCUCACUUUCUAUGGAACAUUACGUGUCCAUUCUACAAAAAGGAUUUAAUUUUUCCCGUCCGAUAACUCUCAUUUACAAAUAAAAUUGGCUGCUGUUACACAGAGUAAACGUUCCCAGAGUUUAAUGGUAAACUGCAGUCUGAUGCGGCCGGAAAAGAACUUGGGAGAUUCCCCCAUUGAAAAUCAUCAUGCGUCUUAAGCUACGCCAGCUACGCCUUUGGGCCUUUGUAUGUAAUAUUAUAUGCAAUAUAAGUUUCUAAAUUCUGUGUUGGUUUUAGCAACGUUCACGAGAUCACAAAGAGAAGCUUACUUUACAAGAUUUGAUGAUUAUGCCAGUUCAAAGGAUUCCAAGAUACGUACUGAUAAUAACGGUAAGUUAAUCUUUAAUUAAAAUUCUUUACACACGGUAGCCUAUUCAGUGCAUGGAUAAGUAUUUAUGUUACUGGUUUUCCGUGUAUAUACUAAACUAUGACAUACAAUAUAUAUAUAUAUAUAUACCAAGGCAUUGUACAUUUCUAUUAAAGUUUCUCCAGGAACAAACGAUCUUGCCCUUUUCAAAAGGGCGAUCUUAUUUGAAAUUACUAUACAUUGUGAAUCAUUAUGUUUGUCCCACUUCAGUUGCUCAUCUAUAGGAUCAUGCCAAGUGACUUUUUUUCAAAAACGCGUUUGAUAUUACUUCCCCCUAAUGUUAGUACUGGGCUAUUUUCAAUUGAAGUUAGGUGAUGUCUUGAUCCUAUUAUCAUGAACUCAGUUUUCAUAUUUAAGGAGAGUUUGUUAGCUGUUAGCUGUUAUCCUUUCUUAAAUUUUGUCUCAAUUUCGUGAGGACUUAGCCUUUCACAGGAAAGGUUUGUGUCAGCAGCAAAUAAAUUUGCUUUAGUUGACUCUAAGCUAUUGGGAAGAUCAUUGAUGUACAAUAGAAGUAGAAUAGGACCAAGGUUAGAGCCCUGUGGCACCCCUGCAUCCUAUUUCUCUAGCAGCUGACAUCUUGCCAUUCACAGAACAAAUUUGAUUUCUACCUUUAAGGUAUGAAUCGAACCAUUUAAGUCAUUUAAGGCUAUUCCCUCUAAUACCGUAUAAUUUAAGCUUCUACAAAAGGAUGUGGUGAUCGACAGUGUCAAAAGCUUUUUUAAGGUCCAGAAAUAAAACUCCGCUAAGAUAACCAGGGAUUUCAACUCCCACCCACUCUUUUCCAGACACUGUAGUUUGUGUAUUUUGCCAAGGUUAAUAUCAUAGGAACCGCGCGCAGCCUGGGCACGACCUAUGCCAACAAGGUAUCGGAUAUAGAGUGCCAAGCAGACUCACGUCACGUGCCAUUUGCUAACUCAUAGCCAACUGGAGUAGUACUCUGCUUAGAGAACAAACCAUUUUAUUAUUGGUGUGAUAAGGUGCAGACGUUCGGUGGUCAGUUCCUAAAUCAGUCCAAGUAAUUCAGAUCCCUAUCCACACGAGUAAGUAUGACAGAUAUUAACAGGGCAUUUUUUUAAGAAAUUGUCAGUAGGUGGAGGCAUCAAGGAAAAGGGACGGAAUAAGGAGAUGGUGAACUGUAAAAGGGCGAACCUGUAGGGGUCCAACCCCAGAAAACGUUCGUAUUUUCGAGCCUCUAAGGAUUUCCUGCAUUUGCAGACACAAUUUGAUAUUUUUCUUCUAGACAAAGGUUUGGUCAGUAUAUUAGACAAAAGGUACCUUUAGGCGGGGGAGGCAACAUAGUCCACUGAGGGGCGGGGGACUUGACUUGCCCCCGUUGAAAUAUUAAAAGGCCCUGUGGUAAUCUUUACCAACUUAUUUGCAAGUACAAAUACACUCUACUGCAAUUGAGAAUUAACCAGUACCCGUGAAUAUCUUUAUGUUUCCUCAGAUAAAAACGUUUUGUUGCCAGGCGUAUUCAUUUUAAAGACGUUUUGCAGUCUCGUGCAAACGUAUCUUGAAAUUCAACAGAAAUAUAUUACGUCAGUCACAGAAGUAUGACGUCACAAGAUAGCUGACCAAUAUUUGUUUAAUGCACACUUCUGGAAAGUAUGUCACAUUUGGCUAUAGAGCCUCAUAUUCCUGAUUGAGAUGUUAGGCUUUACUAAUGUCAGAUACACGAAAACGAGGCUCUAUAACCAAAGUGACGUACUUUCCGGAAAGGUCUAUUGCAGCAGUAAUGGUUCUAACAAUCCCGAAUCGGCCAACUACACACCUAGAAAACUCAAUUUUUAACGUUAUUUAAACUUGCACACUGUUUUUGUUUUGUUUAAUUUAAACAAAUUUGUCCAUGGAUUAUUUCUAAGAAAGAUAAUUUUGCUAAACACCUUUACUCGGCACAACCUUGGUGCUACGAAUGCCCAAAACAUGAUUGGUUUGUUUCAAAUCUUUGGCGUUUGCUGUUUUCCACUCAUAUUGUUGUAGAUGCGCUAAAGUUAUAUAAUUCUAAAUAUUUUACGCGCGAGGGGGUUCUGCUUCGUCGACCACCUUCUAUAUUUUAUAGCAGUCUCGUUUCCAGGUUCGUAUCUCGUAUUGUGCUGAGCUCACGAAGGCUUUAGCGUUGGACAGUGGAUCAUUAAAAAUAAAUCAUCAAACAUCAUCAGCCACAUGUUUAGAAUCACUAAUUUUAUUAAAAUGAUGCAAUGAAUAUGGUGUUUCGUGGAUAUGGAAAUGUUCUGUUCGGGUUGAAAAAUUUUAGUUUUGCUAUACAUGUAUAUAAUUAAUACUUUUGAAUUUUGAUAUUAUCGCUUAACAUGCUAUACCAAACCGACUUAAUUAUACUCUUAAUUAACCACUUAAUUAUAAUCGUACGAGUUCUGUAUAUAUCACAUCGUGCAGAUAAGGUUAAGGUAGCAUAGGUUUGGGCAUCUGCUACCCUGGGCUGUAGCUCAAUACCCCCACAACUACACAGCUUUUCUUUGGGCCCGCAAAAAGGCUAGUAAAAUAUUGUUUGCUUUGUGUGACCUAACGCCGAACGGCGUUAAACAAGAUAAUUGAAACUGAAUUUUUCACUUUUAUGACUCGUACCGUCAGUAUGUCUAUGCAUAUUACUCUCUAGGAAUUUUUUUUACUUUCGGGAUUUUUUAGAUAUCUUCGUGGAACGGACUUUGGAUUUUCAAAAUUCCACCGAAUUUUUUUUUAUUUUCAGACAUUUUUUGAGAUGCUCUUAAUUAGUAAUUCACAAUCUUCAUUAUCAACAAUUUCUUCGAAAUGUGUCUCUCUUUAAUUAAAGAAUUUUUCAUGUUGUCGAGACGUUAUUGCGUCUCUUCCCACCAAUUUCGCUACAUUUUGUUAUAUAUACUAGGGAAAGUUUGCAAUUGUAUAACCCCAUGACCCAGGCUGUCAUAACGGCGGUUGCUCGCAGUCACCACCUGUCGCAUUGUUCGGUAACUGUUUCGGCUUCCAUCUUAUUGAGUGGGCUAUCUACUGUAGUGUUGUCUUGAUCACAAAACAUUGUUUGUGUUAUCAUGUACAACUACAUGUUCAACGUGGUAAUGUGAGGUUCCCUUCAAGUAUUCCAGUUAUUCGGCUUUGCAUAUUCCUGUGGAUAGCACACUCAGGAAAUUGUCCAAGUCUGAAGAGAAUAUGGUUUACAAAUAAUCUGGCGUUGAUAUGAUGGAUCUUGGGUAUGCGUGUUAAUGUUAAGGAAGGCCAUCUUAUGUCGAUACCAUAUGUAUAUUGCAUGUACAAUAUUUUUUGUACAUCUUUUUUCGAUAUUGAAUCUAAAGCAGCGAAAGACAAUGCAUAAUAUAGAAACGAAGUGGAUAAUCCGUUCUAACUAUGAAUACACAAAAGCUAAGAUUGCGUCCUUUUGAACAGACAUGUGUGCAUUGUCAGAGGACGCGGAUGACCCUCAUUUCAAACUGAUAUCAUUCCGGCAAUGUAACGUGAGAUCCCACCUCUGUCAUGUUAAUGUUAUCACCCGUAUUUCUGAAUCAAAUCGCAGAUAUUCUAGUCUGAUGUUGUAAUUAUACCAGUGUUAUCAUUGCUCAACUGAGUGUGUAUCCUUGCAAAUGUAAGCAUGUCAUUUGUUUCAGGAUUUACUGAAAUACACACCUGCAGAACAUCCGGACCACGGGCACUUGCUCUCUGGGCUGGGCGAGAUCAAGACGUUGGCAGAACGAAUGAACAAAGGAGAACAGGAGAUAGAUCAGGCGGAGAAAGAGGCGGAAAGACUGAGAGAUCUAGAGGCAUCUAUUGAAGGCAUUACUGGAGUAAGUGUUCUGUGUUGAUGUCACAGUGUUUGGUGAAUAUGCUUUCAAUAUAUCUACGAUUAUAUUAAAGAACUAUUACUGAUUAGUUUAGUUUAGUUAAGAUUGGUCGAAGCAAAUCAUAAGGAGAGAGGCAAGUAAGCCGGCUGUCUGGGGUUAGUUAUACUACCAGUCUAAGAAUGCAUAUAGGUCUUGAAGUCGAGGUUAAAAGAAAGACUGCAUGAGUAUAUCUGGGUAUUUGAUUUUCUGUCCUGUUAUGAAGCCGUCAGAAUCUGCUAUCUGCAAGAGCUCGGCGAAGUUAGUGGGGAUAGAACAAACAUUUUCGCAGAUUUUUAAAAUGCCUAAAAUUCCUUGUCUAUGGGGGCAUUGGAUCAGGUCUUCAGAGAUACGACAAAACUCUGACAAUUUCUCUGACAAAACUCUGACAAUUCCAAAAGUCUGAAAAUUACUUAGCAGGCACCACUGUUUCAGUGUUUCACCUUGGGUCCAGUUGGAUCUUGGUAAAUCUUAACAUAUAUAAACAUGCCAUAACAUUGUAUGACUUUUUCUAGCUUGUUCUGCCUAGACGAAAGUAUAAGAGACAAGAUUUGGUCGCAGAAAUGGUAAGUACAUAUUGUACAUAAUAUAAACACUUAAUAAUUCUGGGGUGGUGUCAACAGUACGAGUAAAUGCAGUGGUAAGUGUGUCAAAUUCCAAUGACGAAAAUAUUUAUACAUUUGACACUGUUGAUGAGUUUCGUACCUAAUUAUCACUCGCUUGUGGUUUUACAACACCGUUUGUUGUGAAAUCCAAUUCUCAUCUGCUAAUAUAGUCAUGGAAAAUCACGACAUGCCCCCAAAAUGUUAUAUGAGACUAAGAAAUCCGUGGAAACGCCGCGAUUAUUUAAUCUCCGGAUCUUUAUCUGUGCAAAUAUUAUAAGACAAAAUUUCAAUUUACACGUCGUUUAUACUUCUGUAAGUGUCGUUAAAUUGUAAUAUCAUAAUAAAAACUUGCGCACGAAACAAUUUUAGACAUGGCAACUUAAGCAGGACGACGCUGUUUUAACGCGCAUUAGUCGUCAAGUUGUUUCUCGUGGCAGGUCAUUUGUAUCUAGGAAUUUUACACGCAUGUAGAUUUAUUCUCAAAUUUCAUUGAGGGGAAUACUAAUCUUGCGUUGAAAGAUCAUGAGAUAAAAUGACGCAAUUGUCCGUUGCGCAAGCAAGGUGAUAGCUUGCAAUACGUCUGUUAACGUUUAUUCUGCAUAUACCAUGUACCAACCCCCAUAAUAAAUUUCUUAGAGUGAUUUGCAUUCAACGAUUGAAUGUUGAUAUGUGAGAGUCUUGCCAAUUUAGAGAGCAGACUGGCAUUCUCAUCAAGUUACGAUGUGUGAUAUUUACUCAAAAUAAAGAUUAGCAUGUAUAUUAUUGUUGACUUUGCGCAGAGAUUUCAGGCAAGUUACUUUUAUGCCUGUUUCUUAACCAUCCGUUUAUUUGUCUCAAUAAUAACACCGACUAUUUUAGCCCCCUCUAAGAUGGUUAUAAUUAACACUGUACGAAUUGUUUUACCAUUAAAUUAGAAGAUAUACCGAACUAAAACAGCAUUUAGUACAUAUAUAAGGGAAAAUUGUUCAACAUUUUUGACCUUUUGACUUAGUAUGUCAUUAGGGUUUUAAUCGAAAUACCUCUUCUUUCAUUGUGAAAACAAUAUUUAAAUAUCCCCCAUUAGGUGUUCUUCUAUGCACAAAUAUUGUUCGAAUUAAUUGUUCAUUUAUAAUGUGUCAAAUUAUAUCUUUAGAUAAAAUCUCUGAUCAUGUAGGCUAUAUAUGUAAAUAAUUCAGGCCAUUUUUGUUGACCCUUCUUACUCCAAACUGUUGCCCGUGCUGCUAAUUUGUAUAUUUGAAGUAUUUUGUACAAGUAAAUUUGUUGAAAAAUGAAUAUAAAAAUUAUCAGUAGCCCACUUUAUCAAUUUUUUUUCACAUAAUAAUAAUAAUAAUACUAAUAUUUAAUAUUUAUAUUAAAUUAACAUGUUAUAGUAUAUGAUCAAAUGCGCACAUGGCAUACCGCUUUUAUCCACUGAGUUGAACAUGUUGCUGGAGUUAUAAUAAACAAUUAUUGAAUGAGGUCGAGUAGGAUAUGAGGAAUUAUUAAGGCCGAGGUUAUCAGCCGAAGCCUGAGGCAGAUAACACAAACUCAGGCCUUAAUAAUUCCUCAUAUCGUGUGAGAACCCAAUUCAAUAAUUGUUUUAUUAUUUAUUUGUCGGAAUACACAAAAAAGGUCGGCGAACCUUUCCUUUGAGGAAGCCAUUUGUAUUUUCCCGUUUUUGGCAUAAGCCGCAUAAAUUAGCGUGACGUCAUAGCGUGUUACACUGUUUUUCAAUAUACCACGAAAUUACGUCAAACGUGGUAUAUUUGUUUUCAAUAUUCCACUGUGAUGUCAUAACUCCAAAUUUGGGCAGCUACGGACGGAUAUGACGAUUUCACCGACAGCUCUUUAAUAGCCAAUCAAAACUCUUGAAUUAUUUUCAAUAAAUAGUAAAGAAAUUUAACCCCUUCUCAAUUAUUUUUUCGACUUCCGACAUUACCACAAUUAUUGCGUUCUGAAAGCAUAAUUUGUCUGUCAAGUUAGGCUCGUAGUCCGCCAUUACUAAAGAAGAAACUGAUUAUCCAUCGUAUUCUUCAACAAUACUGGUGCACAAGAUGCUUUGUAGCAAUUGUGUUCUUUUUGAGAAUUGACAAGUUUUAUUGUCGGGGCGCGAAAUAACGGGUGGAGGCCGGGGUGGCCGGUCAAGGUGACGGGCCAACUCAAUUUUGCUCGGACAUACCGAAUUUCUGGCCUGUCAAAUUAUUCAGCUUAAAGCAUAGCCUAGUAAAGUAUACCCCUAAAAAUGUGACUAUUUUCCCAAUAUAGCAUUACAAAAAGUCUUACUGUAAUCAGUAAUUAAAAACUCUUUCACAUAAAACAGCUUGCACUGCGCUAAAACCAUGGCCUUAACUCUUAAACCAAAAGCAUGGCCAUGGGCUUUGUGACGUACUGCGUGGGAAAGCUGGCGUACAUUGAAGUUCUUUUCCCGCAAAAUAUACGACAACAUGUUAUGGUUCUUAAUUAUAAUACUUGAUAACUUUAUUUUGAUUAUAAUUAAAAUGAAGAUUAGUUUGUUCUUUUACCGAAAGUGAGUGGUCAAAAUGACCGGCAAGGUAAGAAUUUGAGCGGACAACUCCGCAUUCUGGCCGGACAUUGUCCGUUGACCGGCCGUUAUUUCGCGCCCUGAUUAUACAGCCCCCCGUAAGUUUCUCUUUAUAGUAAAAGCGGAUUCUUAUUGGACAGCAAUGUUGAACCAGCUUCUGUUUAUGCACCAUAGAUAUCUUAUAUACACUAGAUAGCGCAUCUCUUUAAGUAAAAUUGAAGCCAAGAAUAUUCCAGCGGUUACCCCCAUUUGAAUAGAUGGCGGCCAUGUUGGAGUUCCCUACUCGCUAAUAAACGCUCAAAAAACACAAUAACUUUCAUCAUUUGAACAGUUUGAAAAUGUAUUUGGAAUAGGUUUAACUUAAUGUUUAAGUUCCCUGUUUAAGGGUCUUCUCAUUUCAUGGGAAUAUCCUGAGUCUGCAAUCACGUCUUCAAUUUUUGAAUUGCAGAAUAAUUAGAUGCACUAUCUAGUGUAUAUAAGAUAUCUAUGUUAUGCACCGGUACUGGUGGCCAUCUAGUUAUGUUUUGAGAUCAGAAAGAUCUCAACGCCAAAACCAAUUCCGGUUGUCUUUUCAUGUCACGCAAUCACGAAACCUAAUCCAUCCUUAACCUCCUAACCACUUAUAUUUCGUGAAUGCGUGACAUGAAAAUGAAACCUCAAUUCAUUUUUGUUUUCACACAUUUCGACCACUUUUCCACCCUACUAAAUGCUUAUUUUCCACGAGCUCCGAAGUAGAUGUUUGCGAUGAGUGGAAAAGAGGCUUUAAACUGAAGGAGUUUAAUUAAAGCCCUCGUAGCCCUUCUGACGACAAUCUAUGACCUCUGGGACUGAUUCUCAUCCGGCUGAGCCAACCAACACAAAUCGGACCUUAGCCCAGGCUCGAUACCAAACCAACCACGAAGCCGCUAUUGUCUAAACACUUUCCGUUUGACAGCAACGAUGUACUGUGUAGAUCAAUUUCAUGAGCAUCGCGUUGCAAUAUAUAUUUUUUAUUCAUAAUUAUUCCGCAUAGCUUUGUUAGUUUUGGUUGCUCUUCUAAAAAUGUAUACUGUUAUUUGCAUUACUUGUAUUAAUUUAAUCACCAUUUUGAUUAGGCUCGGUCCCAGCCAUCCUCGCCUCCACAAAGCCCCCAGACUAGUCCCUAGUCCUUUGUGCACGCUUUUGAUUUCCUUGACGUCACCGAGCGAUACGCGCGUCACCUCAAUAAUAUGCAGAAACGCGAAAUAGGCGUACUAAGAGGCCUAGGGACUAGGCUGCAAAGCCCCCAGAGGGAAACGGCUGGUACCGAGCCUACAUUUUGAUUGAAGACAAAAUAUUUGAUUUACGGCACUUUGAGAAAGUUCUCUUUCCCUGGAUAGACCAUAAUGCACUGCUUUCCAAAAUGACGUCGUUAUAUUGUAUGUUGAUAUUUGUGAGACACUGAUGGGGAAUCAAAUCAAAUUAGCGCUGCGUAGGGAAUGUAUUGAUUGCCUUCUAUUGUUUCUUACAGAAAGGAGGACUCUCAAAAAAAGACAGAUGUUUAUUUUUAUUUUCGGAUUUGUUGGUAUGUGCAACAGUCAAAAGAAAGCAAACUUCUCUUCGCAGAGGUUCUCUCAGUCUGUGAGUAUUUUUUAGUUGUUGAAAAUUCUUCUAGGAUAAGCUAUAUAACACGUGAUCUUUGUUUUUUACUUAUAUUAUAAAUGAUGUGAUCUGUGCAAUGGGAAUUACCCUUUCUCACGAAGGCCAAAUUCGCCUUUUUGGGGUACCUUUUUGAAAACGACGUGAAAAAUCUAAGCGAUGUGAAAACAUUUUUUCAAAUAUUUAACUGUAAAUUAACUUACAAUGAUUAUACUCACAAUUAUACUUAUACAAAUCCCUUAUUCACUGCGUACAAUCUCAGAUUUGGAAAAGGCAGUAGCCCAAAAAUGGCGGAGUGAGAAGGCUAAUUGAACGGUCCUAGUGGACGUGAACAUCAGACCUUUCAGUCAACAUUGUAUUUUCCCCGUUCCAUUUUCUUAAAAUCCUGUGAAAGAUGACGUCACAAGUUUUAACUAUGAUUCUAUGCGUAAGAUAAACAUUAAGGGGCUCCAGUGGCGCAGACGUCAGGGCAAGCGCACGUCAAGCGUCUUGGUGCGAACUCGUUCAUGACACUAAAGGCCAUUUUCCACUGCAGCCGCUACGCGCGGGCGGAGCGACCAAUUUUAAUGACGUGAAAAAUCAGUCGCCCGGGCACGCCAAGAAAGUUGAAUGUAGUUCUACUUUCAUGGCGUGUCCGCGAGCAUUCAGGCGGACAAACAAUGCACAGGUUAAGCAACUACAAAGAAAGUUGAGUAAUGUUCGCUCCGCCCGCGCGGGCAAAGCGACAGCAAUGGAAAAUUGCCUUUAUGUAAAGAGUCCGUCAACGCUCUAACGUUUUGGGUUUUUCUGGGUAUUCCGGUUUUCUCCCACAAGAAAUGUUGACAGGGUGGGUCGGGAUACGCUCCAAACUAGGGCGCUUAUAUUUCUAUAUAAGCGCCCUGCUUCAAACUGACUAUGCCGCCGUAGCUGUGCUCUGUGAUAUUAAAGGUGGCUUAGAGAACCUUCAGCUCAAUCAGGUUGAGCUGCGUCCUUUACAAUUCAGCUUAGCUCUCAGCUGCACAUCAUAAUGAUCAGCACACCCCCAUCAAGACAUAGCUGCAGGCUUACUGAGCCAAUAUGAACCAAUACAAUGAAAUCUCCGUGAAAAAAAUUGUAUUCUCAACAUUUCUACUAUCUUGUGGUCAUCUUCAGGAAUGCUACAUGCUGGGUGGCCUGCUCUAUAUUUAUAUUCAGGAAAAGGGGCGUAGAAAUAUUUAUGGCUUGUUUAUUAAUGGAAAUUGGCCAGUUCUUUAACUGGAAGUUUUACAACCGUUAAAACAUAUUGAGCUAGUUCAGUGUAAACUCAAUCCUGACGUCCGAUGUCGCCAUAAUAGCGGUAGAAAGGAACGAUCUUUUUUGCUAAUGUUUUAUUGAACUUUUUUUACAGAUUUUCUGGUCAGUCUGCGGCCGAGAUGAACAAGUACAGAUUACUGUGGCAAUCUCCACUGAAUGACGUAGAACUUGUUACAAGUAAGUACUUCGGCAACAUGUUCUAUCCUGUAAACGUACUGUAAAAAAUAUUUCAAGAAUGUAUUUACAAGAGUAUUUUACCACUAGACCGCAGAAGAGCGAACACAGUGGCGUACACUAAGGGUUGCCGAAAGCUUUUAAUGAAUGCUCAUUUACUAAACUAUAAACAUGUGUCUUUGUCCAUAAAAGCCUAAUGAGCUGUUAUUUAAGCGAAUUCAUAUCAAGUUUGAACGAAAAGUCUUGAUGACAGAAAUUUACAACAGUAGAAAGAUAUUGGAAACCUAAUCGUGAGGUGUCUGCAACUGCUAUACCAUUGCAGGAAUUAAUAAUAUUUUUGUUUCUUGGGGUCAACGUUUUCUGCCAUAUUAUUUAAUAUUUUAAUAUUCUUCCUAAUAAAUUAUUUUCUGCACCUGUUAGCAUUAUGCACUGCCCUAAAAUUUUCUUCCAGCUAAGCCAGGUCUGAAAAUCUUCUGAGAUCCUGGAUGCCAGGAUCCAUUAUUUCCUGCCAUGUGCUAUACUGCUAGGCCAUCAUCUGACCUCACGUUUGUUUCUGUUAUAAAGCUGGUGGUGAUCUGAAAAGUCCGUUGAAGAACUCUGACCAGACAUACCGUGAUAAACUGGAACAGGAUCUCAAUACUGUGAGCACUAUCAGCAAACUGACUGAGUCGGUAUCAGUUCCCCAUCAGGUGCGUGUGUUCGUAUAUACUAGACGUUUUAGGAGGAAACCAAUGACCCCAAGAUUCUCUUAACGAUUUGUCGAAAAAGUUACUGAAAAUGCAAUGUACAAGUAUAGGUACUGUACCUGUAUAGGUACAGGUACAGUGUAUAAAAAAAAAAGGUAAUCCAAAUUUAGUGUGCUCUUGUAUUCUCAAUAUUCAAUUCUGAUUCAAUUUGUGAAUAUUAAAAAAAUUAGGGUUUUAGCUUUCGAAUGACACCUUUCUCGUACCAUUCCAAGCACAAUUGACCAAAUACGAUCCGAUUAAGAAUUGCCGAUCAAAAUUUUCCAUUUUUGUGCAUAAUUAAGCAGUACAUAACAAAAGGAAAAGCAAUUUAAAAUUAAUCAUUAAUGUGUCUUGCUAAACAAGUGACCAGAUUUAUGAACAACAAUUAUCUAAGUUUAUCCCAUAUGUUACUAAUGUUAGAGCUUUUGAAAUUAAAAUUCAUGAAUUUUAGAUCAAAAUGGCAUUUUUUCGACAGUUUUGCACCCAAUUCCCAGCGGUGGAAAAAUGCGAUUUUAGCAAUUUUUGUUCGUAUUUGAUCAUUUUUCUUUAUAAUGACACAAUGAAGGUAUCAUUGGACGGCUCAUAGUUGGUCAAUUGUACUUUGGAAUGAUACGAAAAAGGUGUCAUUCAAAAGCUAAAGCCCUAAUUUUUAGUAAUAUGGAAAAAUUAGAUAUGUGCACUUGAUAUUGCACAAGAGCACGCUAAAUUUGGAUUACCUUUUUUUAUACACCCUGUAUAAUAAAACAGUUAUUGAAUUCGGUUUUUGUGAUAUUCUGAAUUACCAAGGUCUCAGUAAAUGUUAUCAAUCUCGCCUUUGGCUCCAGUGAGAGCACAAAAACCUCAUCCAAUAACUGUUUAUUACUGAUUUUUCCAGACCACAUGUGUCAAACAAAACAUAUGUACGAUAUAUACCACAACGGUAUCUCAAUUUUGUUAGCUGCCAUCUCUUGAGUCCCGCCUAAGUUCAGAACUCGCUGCCAAGUCCAAAAUAGAAUGUCACGUGAAAUUAUAGAGUUGUAUUUCAUUUCAAAAAGAAUUGGUGUUCAGUCUGAGUAUUCGGAUUUAAAAAUUUUGUGAUAUUCAUCUGAUAGAGUUACUCAAAUAGGCCAUGUAGAAAUAGACCAAACAAAUAGAAAUGUAGAAUAUGGCAGUUCAACUAUAGACAUUGCAGGCAAUAAUGCUCAUUGCAGGCAAUACUUGCUAAACAGAAAUAGAAUAUCAGACCACAUUUUUUGUAUUUCGAGCCCGACACAGAUGAAGAAACUAACUGAAGUGUCGUGAAUGUAACUUGUUCGAGGACUCAAAAACAUGAUAUGCAUGGCUAAUUUUGUAGUUGUUUUUUAUUAUUAUAUAUAGGUAAUAGUAUGGUUUCGAGUGCCAUUUAGAAAAAAAAGUGAACCAGUGACUCAGUGAGUGUUUUCCAAAGGCGAUCAAAUUUGCGCGAGAAACCAUACUAUUACUUAUUAAUAAUAUGCAUGAAGACAUUAUCCAGGAGCAAAUUCAUGAUCACUUGCAGACAUGAAACACGUGCGAAAGAAGUGAUUUACUCGCUCAUGUGAACGACAACAACUCUUAAUACAACGUCUGGUUGGUUGUGGUGUUGAACUCAUGAGAUGUUUUAUGAUGAUGAGUCGGGCAAAUUAUUUUUGCUGAUAUUAAUCUUCAGUGUCUCCACAUCGGGCAAGCUAAACUAAACAAAACUUUAUUUUGGCACUGAAUUACAUUUUUGGCGCUGUAUUACGAUCACUGAUCUUAGCCAAUCACAAUUGAGUACUUUUUUCAUGUAUACUGUUAGUUGUUAUAAAGCUUUACAUGAGUUUUUGCUAUAUUAUACGUUUUAGGCGCUUGAUGAUGCCAUACGAGAGCUUGCAUCAGACCUUAGCCGUUUACUUGUUGAACAUCGUACCCAACGUUCUUCAAAUGCAACAUUUAUGUCGUAUGAAAACACUGUGAUCUUAAACAUCGGUUCAAGGUGAGUGUUCUGCUCAAGACAACAACCCAUGGCUGAUUCAGCAUACAUUGAUACAGAUACCUUAUAGCUUCGGCUAGACCGUCUGCGACAGACUAGUCCCCAAUCCUCUGUGCACGCCUUUUAUUAUCCCAUGACAUCACACCUGCAUAUUAAUGAGAACACGUACUAAGAGGCCUAGGGACUAGGCUGCGUCUGCCAUGCAGCUACAGAGCCCUGGGAUUGAAUCCUGGUUGUAACAUGAAGACUUAAUAAUUUUUCAGGAAAUGAGUUCUGAACUAAUCUGAAAUGUUUUCCUUUGCAGAGAACCUAUUGAAAACUACAUGUUCGUAUUUCUCAGUAAAGAGAUUAAAUCAUCUUGGGAAGCGUACUUCCUGGACGCCAAACAACAACUUGGUAGGUUGACUAGACAGUUACUAGACUGUUUUUACCAGUGAGCUCUAUAUGUGUAUCUGGAGCGAGAACUCGAGUCCAAAAAAUCAAAAUGGCAGAAAUUGAAGAACCAUUGGACGUCAGUUCCAGUCCCUUUCUAGUGUUUUUGUCUGCGCGGUUAACACAAAGCCAGCAAGGAGUGUGCGAAAUUUCGUAUUUUGACAUCGAUUUAAAGAAUAAUACUAUGUGGUUUUAUGAACUCAUUACUUGUUUAGCGAAUUAUUGAAAAUUGUAUUAAAACUGUUUACGACCUUCAUAGCUAUUGGACGUCAAUUUCCAUGACUUCACUUUUCCCAUGGGCGAGUGACUGUAGUGUCCAGAUAUAGAUAGAGGUCACUGGUUUUUACUUACUAUCUUUUAUGCACCUUGACUCCAACUGAAUGUUCGCAAGAAAAUAAAUUUGAAUUUACAUUCAAUUUUUAGCUUACACAAAGGAUUCCUCGCCGAACUUUCAAAACGCCAUUCCAAUCAAUAAAUCAAGAAGUGGUUUACAGGUAGGCCGUGAAAAAUACAUAAUUAGUGUAAUCAAUUUGAAAUUAUUUGUCACAUAUAUGAUUAUCAAUGUGGUAUAGUAGAUAAAAUACAAACCGCAGACUCUAAAAUUAAGGUUGAGUAACUCUUGAAAUAUCCCAAGCGAGGUUAACGUGCGCCUUUGUCAUCACAUACUUAGCUACUGCGAUGUUAUUAGCCUUUCUCACGCAAUACGUGACCAGGCCUUUCCGCCUUUUUUGAGUGGCAAACUGCUCAGUAAAAGAACUUAAAGAAGAUGCUGAAAAGCGAAGGAGUAGUCUAGUAAAGCAUAUAGUAUUCAUAAUCAAUGAACUGUAUUCACCAAAUUCACGGGAAUUUCUGAAUAUUGCAGUAAUGCGUGUUUCUGAACAGCGCGAGCAUGAUUUUUAACUGUUAGAAAAUAGAAAAAGAAACCUUAUGAAAACUUUUUUGACUACUUGAUAUGAGGGCAGGCUUGGCAUGCUUGCCCUGAUAAAAAUUUAUACUCAUGCCAUUAAGCGUUAUUAACCACAGAAACAAAUUAGUUGCAGAAGAGUGUCCCCUGCAAUAAAAUUAGUUACUUAUGGUAUUGUCAGGGCCGCCCAGAGAAAGUCGAACUUUGAGGCUCCCGUCAUUUCCAUCGUAUAGUACCAUAGUACGGUAGACAGGAAAGAUUUUCAAAUCUCUGGUCCCCGAAAAUCCAAGAUUCUGCAUUCUAGGUGACUAGUUGACAGUUAAAUCUAUGGAUAUUUCAUGUGGGGGAUCCUUUAGCCGAGACGAGUUGUCCUUUUUGCCCACCCCCUUGGGUUUAUUGUUCAGUGAAUCGAAUAACUAGUUUGUUCUCAUACCACAUUUGGGGAUAUUGGCGUUGAUAAUAGGCAAUUCCAGCUUUUAAUUUUGCGCGCAGGGGGUGACGGGAAGUAAGGUAUCAUAUUGCUGAUUAUGCUGAAAAAUGUCAAUAAAAACUGCCGAAACAACCGAAAUAUUUCAAUAUUUACAAGUAUAAGCUAUCACUCCGUGUUUACACGGCCGCCAUUUUUAUUUUUUCAGCAUAAUCAGCAAUAUGAUACCUUACUUCCCAUCCUCCCCUGCACGUAAAAACUAAAAGCUGGAAUUGCCUAUUGGGUGUCUAAAUACACCUACCUAUACCUUUCUGGCAAACAAGAAAAAACUUCAACUUGGCCAUGGUAAUUUUAACUUGCGCUUGGAAAAUGGCCAAGCAUUAAGUUACAUGACUACUAAACAUUUUUUGUCUCAUUUUUAUUAAAACAUGUUUUGAUUACAGUUUACAUGUGCGUCACCCACUGUUGCGGCACGUCUGACCAAGCGUGGAACACAUUGUGGCUCUGGUGAUGUAUGGGUUGCAAGUAGUGAUGGUUGUGUCGGUCAAGUAUCCAUGUUGUCUCCACUUAGAGAAUUUGAGGUGAGCAACUAACACUGCCAAAUAGUAUUAAUUUUGAAAAAAAAGAAAAUAUAUUUUUGCCUUACUAAAGCCCAUUUUCCUAGUCGAACUUGUUCGCGCGAAGCGAUCAGUGGAUGAUUUCAGCUCUAGACUAAAUUUUGACUUUGGCAAGAAGAACAAAAUCCAUUACCACAGCUAGAAAGAGCAUGUUAAAAUUAGUUACAAUUGCAAAGUUUGGUUGAGAAAUGUUGUAAAAUGAGGAAAAUCUAGCACUGCGAAAUUUGCAAAUUUUGUACUAAUUUGUAAUACGCACAGGAAAGUGCACCACAUUUGGGCCGAAAGUGGUGCAUUUUCCCGCGCGUAAUACAAAUUAAUACAAAAUUUGCAAAUUUCGUAGCGCUAUAUUUUCCGCAUUUUACAACAUUUCACGGCCAAACGUUGCAAUUUUACUAAUUUUAACAUGCUCUUUCCAUCUAUGGUGAUGAAUUUUGUUCUUCUUGCCUAGAUCAAAAUUUAGUCUAUAGCUGGAAUUGCCUGUUCCUACUUCUUUACUGUCGCACGAACAAAUUCGCCUUAAAGGCUGUAGUCGGCUCUAUAGGAAUACUUGUAUUGAGGAAGUGAGCUUUAUUAAUUACAACACAGAAUUCACCCAAAAAUUGGUAGGACUAUUUUUGGCGGCAUUGUGCCUCAUAUAGCGCUCGUGUAAGGAAGCAAAAAACUUUAAAAAUCUUAUGUUUUGUCAUAUGUGUUGAAGAUUACCACAAAUGACACAAACAUAGUUUUUAAUCCAGUCCUCCCUCCGCAACCUGACGUCCGUAUUGACAAAAACGUCGCUUGCUUAAGCUUCCUAAUGUCUAUUCCUUUGACGUUUGAAAUUUUUACCUACAAUCUUUACCUAUAGUCGUUAAGUAUCUCCUGUUAGUGUAUUUAUAUUUGUAAUAAGGUCUUGAAUAUUUUUCUUCUUGCAGCAAGGGACCACAUAUUCACCAUGUCAAGCUCGUAUUCUGUCAAUCUCACCAGUACCUGGUUGGAAACUGGCUGGCAUAAACACAACGAAUGUUGAAUACGAUUUUAAAGAUCCAGUGGAAAGUAAUAACUCUACAUUACGAAGUAAGUCAUCCGGAUAUCAUUCUGACGAAAAUAUAUCAAACAACCGGCGAAGUGUGACGACGAAGGCCGGCCGAGAAGAUAUUAUGGCAUUUGAUAGCAGUACGGAUGACGAAGAUAUGGGUGAUGAUUCAUUCACUGUCUCACCCUCUCCUCCUUCAUUUGAUGGACGUCUCAGCCCAGAAGGUAGCAGUCUGGGUACGGCCGGAAGUUUAGAUGGAGAUCUCAGCAGUGAUGGCGGAGAUGAUUCCGAUUAUCACGAAAACCCGUCGUCAGAUGACGAAGGCAAGCCGAGACACAGAUCGGAGAAGAAGGGGAUAGAAGGACAUUGUGGGGACGUGGACGAAGCAAACCAACAACCAACUGUGUGGAUGGGAGCUGAAGAUGGAUAGUAAGUUGAUGUUGUGGUGUACUAUUUAUUAUGCAAUCGUGCAGUGUUUUGUUAAUUCUACUAAUAGUAAACCCUCUUAACAUAAAGAGGCAAAGUGGCAAACAGUAUACAUUAAUUAAUAAUGGUUAUUGUGGCAAACUAGUGAAGAAAUUAUUUUUUCCUAAAAUUGAAAUUACUGCUGAUCAUUACAAUACACAUAUUGUACUGCACUGCACUGCACUGCACUGCACUGUAUGCACUGCACUGCACUGCACUGCACUGCACUGGAAUACGCGUUAAGCCGCUUUUCCACCAGGCGAAUUUGUUCGCGCAACUCGAAGCAAAAUACAAAUUUCCGCAAUGUGAUUGGUAGAAAAAGUAGUGUCGGACAAAUCAUAUUACCGAAAUUCACGCGAACAAAUGUACCUAGCAGUGGCGAAGCUAGCCAUGGCAAGGCCCGUUUACACUUGCAAUUUUUGCUGCGAUUUCUAGGGGGAUUUUCUUCUUCUGAUGGAUGUGAACGAGUAGAUGAGUUGCGAAUAUUCUGAGUAUAUGUAUCACUCGUCCACAUCCAUCAAAAUCGCACUAGAAAUCGCAGAAAAAAUUGCAAAUAAAAGGGCCUUCAUAAGUUGUAGACAAUACAUUUUUAAAGGUUUGAAUAUUGCAUAGCAUGACCUGUUGCUAUAAGGCUAGCCUCACCACUGGCACCUAGUACAAAAGCGUCUUUAGGCACAUGCGUGCAUUACUACGGACACAUUUUUACUGACAUGUUUUUGCCGUUAUCUCAUUGUUGUUCAACCACUCAACAUUAUUUGCCUUCUCGUUGCAGUAUCUACAUCUUUCCAGUAACAAGUGCUGUGAAACAAAGACGAAAUAAGACGAAAAUACAGAAAAAUUCAGCUGUACAGUGCAUAUUGUGAGUAUGCGUGAUGUUUUUCUCUGGAUUGUUCCAUUUUGAAAAUGAAAAGAUUCAUAUAUAGAAAGGCAAUUUAUUUGCAAAUAAAAGGAAGAGUAAUGUGGUGGCGUAAUAUUUAGAAGGAAGAGUAAUAUUUACAGAUACAAGUAAUGUCUAUAUACGCGAUCCUGUUUGAUAUGUGCACAUUUUAAGAUUUUGGAAUAUUUAUAAAUUCCAUAUAAAAUGCCAAAUGAUUAUAUAUACCGAUAAAGGCAUGCGGGAGCUGAGAUAUUUUGAGACAUUGAAUAUUCAGGAUUUAAAAUGAAUUUAGAAGGAUCAAGGAUCCCGCUUACAUCCUGUAUGUGCGUACAUAUCGUCCACGUCUCUCAAAUUAACGAUUCUGAUUGGUUAACUUUUGCACUAAGUGUAUUUUUUAUACGACCGGUCCCUGUAGUUUGUACAGAACCAGAAUGUAUUCCUGCCACUGUUUUGAAACGCAUCUAAAGGCCCGUUUACACUUGCAAUUUGUGCAGCGAUUUUAGGUGCGAUUUUCUUCUUCAGAUGCAUGUGAACGAGUAGAUGAGUUAUGCAUGUUCUGAUUAUGUGUAUACCCUCAUCUCAACAUUCAUAACGUAUCCGCUUGUUCACAUCUACCAGAAGAACAAAAUCGCAGCAAAAAUUGCAAGUGUAAACAGGCCUGAAGAAAUGGUAAAAGUCGUGAUCUCUAGAAUCAUGCGCCGCAGUAUUUCCUGUGAUGUAAUUUAGUUUUCCUCCCAUUUUGUUUCUCUAGAUAUGUGGAGAAUCAGGUUUUUGUUGGAUUAGCUAACGGAGAACUCUGUGUAUAUAAACGUUCUCCCAGUAAGUUCACUUAUUAUUAUUUAUGAAUUCCGUAUCUUCACUCUGUUGGCUGCAUGGGAUUCAGUAAGUGUUAAGGCCCAUUUCCACUCGGGAAAAUUUUCCGCAGAAAGAAAAUUUCUUAAAAUGUGAUUGGCCAACACAAUUUUUCCGUCGGAAAAAAGUUUUGAAGUUGAAAAUUUCCAACUUUUAACAAUGAUAUUUUCGGACCAUUUUCUUCUUGAAUAGAAAUGGGCCUUUACGAGUGAACAGAUGGUGGUCUACUUUCCAACUAAAUUUAUGCUUGUAUUUGCCCCCAAAUACAAUAUACUGUUUUAUGAAAACAAUUUUCAUUAUUGUACGAUAGUGCUUCUGAGUGAAACCCAUGCAGCUACAAAUUUCAUAACUAUAAUUUGUUGCCACUUUGUUAAUAGAUUAUGCCUGGGAAAUCAAUGCACCAAAAAACAUCACGAUAUCAAGCAACGUCCGUAUUACUUGUAUGACAGCGGUAUUAGGUCGACUGUGGGUUGGUUGUAAUAACCAAGUGGUCAUUGUUAAUACCACGACGUUAGAAAUAGAGGUAUGUUUCUCUUAACAGCUGCAUGUUUACUAGAACACAAAUUUAAGAGAGUGGUUACACCUACAUACCCAACCAAUCAUGUGCAAGCAUAUUAGAACUCUACUAGAAAUACACGCGUGCAACAAACCCUCGCCCACAUUUUCCAAACAUUGUUUCAACAUGAAGUACUCUUGAUUACAUCAACACUGAACGCAGGCUCGCGUUGUUCGCGUCAUAUUAGCCAUGGUAACCAACACAAUCACUGUUUUUUUCAAAUUUACACUUUUAACCAGCCUCAUUCCAGGCGCUUUGCUGGGUACGAGGCUGAUUUUAACUAUACAGCUAUACCGAGUACCGAUUUCUAAAAAAUAAAAAUGGGCCUUUUUUAAUGUAAAAUUCAACACGAAAUGCUUCGUAAAAAGAUUUUAUAUAUUCACAUUGCCGAUAACUCUUCAACUUAAAUAAUUUGCUCUCCUUUUUUUGAGCUUUUAUAAAAAUGAAAACAAGUUAAUUCAAAGAAACUUUCACAUACAAUGGAAAGGAAAGCUGUGCAUGUUCAGGGCCUUCAGGCGUAAAAUGAACACAUACUUUUCCGCUAUACGAAUAACAAUGAGUUGUAUUAGAGCUUUAACCGCGAGAAUUUUCUCCUUGCAGACAAGAUUCAAUGCGAGUGUGGACAACAGUCGGUCACUACAUGCCAUGGCAAGUUCUGGAAUGGGAGUUUGGAUCUCAAUACAAAGUUUGUCUGUCAUUCGUUUGUACCAUGCUAGUACAUGUGAGCAUUUGGCUGAUGUCGAUACCAAGGAUGCAGUUCAUAAAAUGCUUGCUGGUAAAUACAAUACAGAAAUAAUUUUCAUGUUUAAUGAGCAAUGCUCCGCAAUCAAUGUUACACUAAGGAAACAAAAUAGGUUUUUGAAUUGUUGGGAAACAUUUUUGCUUUCUUCAGAGAGAAAUUUAUUUCCCCAGCAACGUUUUCUUGGGCAAGAACCAUAGGAUUCCAACAGAGACGUGGUAGUCACAUGAAUGUUACUGAAAGGUUCUAUUAUUUUGUGUUAAAUGAAAGUGCAUGUGCAUUUUAGAAGUAUUUUUCUGAUGCAAUUCACCCGUACAAUUUAACACUGUUUGACCUUUUAACAACUUUUUAUAUUAUUUAAAUCAUGUCAAGCAUAUUUGCUAUACUUUUUAAGAAAGACAUUUUAUCCCAACUGAACAAUCAUUCGUUUCACUUUUAUUUGCACUGAAUCCAACGGCGCUUUGUUCUAAUGUUAUUGCUUUUCCUAUUGUAGGUUCUGAUGCGAUAAUUAAACAGCACAAAGCCGCAUGUUUGCGUGUCACGGCGUUACUCACAUGUAAAGAUUUAUUGUGGAUUGGUACGAGUGCUGGGGUUGUACUAACAUUACCUUUACCAAUUAUUGCACCUAAUGCAACCUCGAUUCAGGCCCCACUCGAUGUCACUGCCUCGCCCCAGGGCCACACUGGACAUGUACGUUUCUUGACGGCUGUCGAAAUAGGCAAGCCUGAGGAAAAGGAUGAGACAGCAAGUAGUCAACCCGCGAACAGGUCACCUCGUCGUUCACAGCUAAAUAUUGAAAAAGGCAAUCUACCUUUCCCCAGUGAAAAUAUCUUUGUUAUUAGUGGAGGAGAUGGUUAUGAGGACUUUAAAUCUACUGCAAAUGAAUCCGCUGGACGUGAAGACAGUACUAACCAUUUACUUAUUUGGAAAGUCUAGUCAAGUGGUCUCCAAAUAUAUGUAUGGACUGCUUCUCAGAUCCAUGCCCUAUAUGUGUCAUUGUUUGGCGCCGAGGUUAAAACAGAAGCGAGCAGUAGAUCGCGUAGGUCUUUGUCAAAGAUAUAGACCCAUUGCACUGACGUCACAAAUCCUUAGAGUGUCCUCCAGAUGCACCCUAACAAAAUCUGUUCGGGUACAACAACCACAUACAGCGCAAAAAUUAACCAUUUUAAUACAAAAUUAUUAUAAAGUUGUACAAAAUUUGCUUUGUUUACAAAAUUUAUAUUAUGCAUAGAUUGCUAAUUUGUCCUCCAGAUGCAUCGUCGCCGGCGCUGUGACGUCAUGUGCAAUGGGUCUAUAUAUUGCAACGUCAGCAAGUUGUUUAUCAAAGAUAGGUAUACAUGGGGUGUCAAUUCCGUUAUUAGGCAAGUUCUGGCAACAAGCUUACGAGUGCUUGCAUCUCACUAAAAUGAAAUUGCGAUAAAAAAUUUAAACUAACAGUGAAUUAUUUGUAGUGAGAGCAGUGGCGUGCUGGCAGGGGGGGGUGGCCACGCCCCCCCCCCCCAGCUGGCAAUUCUUGGGGGGCGCAAAAAUGAAAAGGGGGCGCCGAAUUUUGAAAGUGGGUGUGAAAGUUGUAAAUGUAUUCAGAUAACUAGAUCAGUAGAGAAUAGAAUUGGGAUUAGAUUAAUCGCUUGAAGUACUACUACUAAAUUCUAACCAAAUUUCGACACGUUAUAAUGCUGUUUCCUGACCAUCAGAUUUCUGUCAAGUCUUCCCCCAAAGUCAAGGAAAUGGCAUUUCAGAGACUCUAAAUUCAAAAAUUUUCCUGGGGGGCAUGCCCCCGGACCCCCCUAGACAAACCUUGAACCUACGGCGCCCGGCUCGUGCCUUCUGCCCUCGUGUAUCAAGCGUAACAUUAUAGGAGCGCAUAUUGGUUGACAGCACACUCCCCCCCCCCCAGAAAAAUAGUACCCAGCACGCCACUGAGUGAGAGCGAGUUGAAAGUUGCUUAUUGCGAGGCUUUGUCAAUUUUUUUUCAGGGUUUUCAAAGGGCUUCCUAUAUAGUACCUAGUUUCCUAAGAGAUUGCUGGUAAUAUAUCGGUAUUCCUUUCUCUGAUUGACCCCUCAACUUGCGCGCGACACACGGAACGUCGUAACGAACACCUUCUCCCUUAUAGAAUCACAGAUCAACAUGUAUAAAACAUUGCACAUUUGGUAUGCACGAAACUGACAAAGUGUUCCACGCAUGUAGAGCACGGGAUGUAAUAAUUUAUCUGCAGGCAUGUGCAGCUUGGUAGAAUAAUAUAGACCUAGUCUUUUGUACAUAUUAGCAUACAUAUUAUAUCCAGUUUUAUAUUGCACCAAUGUGAGAAAUUUGGUUUCUCUAAGAGGUUGAACAGGAAUGUAUUGAACCAAUUCAGAGCUUUGUCAUGGAGUCCGCAGUGCAAUUUCGGAGAAUCUCUUGUUUUUUUAAAAGAUGUAUAUCACUACCAGUAUCAGUUAUUUUAAAAAAAAUAUUGUCAAGUGAGCACCGGAUCGAUUUACCUAUAGUACAUGGUUCCACCCGCGAGUUAAAACCAUAUCCUGUAAUAUAAUUACUGGAAUGGGUUUAUUUUUGCAUGUUUUAAUUAUAUAUAUAUAGAGAUAUAUGUAUUUAUUUUAAGCGUAAAUAUACACUUUUUAUCUAAAC